UCCCAGCCUUGCCUCGGGUGUAGGGAUUGCAAGGGAAAAGCAAAACUACACGGUCUAGACCCUGUGUAGUUUUGUUUUUUGGGUUAAAACGGGGCCCAACCGUUCUCACCUUGGAUUUUCUGGAAACAUUUUGGAUAAGAGGAUUGUUGCUGAGGCACUAGCCACCUGGGCACAGUCCCAUCAAGUGUAGGCAACCUUGUGAUACAAGGUGCCUUCUACCAUGUCAACACAAGCUCCAACAUUUACACAGCCGCUUCAGAGCGUUGUGGCACUUGAGGGUAGUGCCGCAACGUUCGAGGCUCAAGUUAGUGGUAAUCCAGUUCCAGAGGUGAGCUGGUUUCGUGAUGGCCAGGUUCUUACUGCUGCCGCUUUGCCCGGCGCUCAGAUCUCGUUCAGCGAUGGCCGUGCUGUUCUGAUGAUCCCCGCUGUGACAGCCGCACACAGUGGAAGAUUUUCUGUGAGAGCCACCAAUGGCGCUGGACAAGCCACUAGCACUGCUGAACUGCUGGUUACGGCGGAAACUGCGCCACCAAACUUCAUUCAGAGACUACAGAGUGUGACUGUUAUUCAAGGAAGCCAAGUGAGACUAGAUGUUCGAGUUACAGGAAUCCCUACACCUGUGGUGAAGUUCUACAGAGAGGGAGCUGAGAUUCAGAGCUCUGCUGACUUUCAGAUUGUUCAAGAUGGAGACCUUUACAGUUUGUUGAUUGCCGAGGCCUUCCCAGAAGAUUCUGGAACUUAUUCUGUCAGUGCUUCAAACAGCAGUGGACGUACUACCUCUACAGCUGAACUUCUGGUUCAAGGCGAGGAGGUUGCAGUGCCUGCAAAGAAGACCAAGACUUUUGUUUCAACUUCUCAGAUUUCACAGACUCGCCAGGCUAGAGUUGAAAAGAGAAUGGAGGCCUCUUUUGAGUCCGCAGCCAUGAUGGAAAUGCAAAUAGAGGAUGGUGAUUUGGCUCACAAGGCACCACCUCGUGUGCCUCCUAAGCCGACCUCCAAGUCUCCAACCCCACCAACAGGAGUGUCAAAGGUCGCAGCUACACGCCAUCAGUCACCCUCCCCUGUGAGGCCUGUUAAAGCCCCCAUUCACACACCUCAUAGGCCUGCUUCUCCUUCAAGACUGUCCGUGUCCCCUAUCAGACCAGUCAAGUCCCCCGUGGCUACAGUGACUAAACAAGUUGUGCAGGCUGCAGAUGUAUUGCCUCCAUGGAAGCAGGAGGGUUACAUAGGAGAAUCCAGUUAUACCAGCAUGACUACUGGGGCCUCGUAUGUGCAGACCUCCUCCACAUUUAUCCACAAGGAGCAGCAAUGGGAAGGUUCUUUUGCUAUGCAGCAGCAAGCCGGUGGAGUCGCUGUCAAAGAAAUUGUUGAGACUGCAGCAAUCCCAUCUCUCACUAAAGAGCAAGUGAUGCCGCCAACUAUUGUGGCUGGUUUGAAGAACGUGACUGUCACAGAGGGAGAGUCUGUCACCCUGGGGUGCCAGAUUUCAGGCCACCCUACCCCAGCCAUUAUGUGGUUCAGAGAGGAUUACAGAAUCGAGAACUCAAUUGACUUCCAGAUCACUUAUGAAAACAGCUAUGCCCGCUUGGUGAUCCGUGAGGCCUUUGCUGAAGAUAGUGGCCGCUUCACUUGCACUGCUACCAGUGAGGCUGGAACUAUCAGCACCUCAUGCUACCUGCUUGUCAAAGUGUCAGAAGAAAUUGAAAGCAGAGAGGAUUUUUCUGCUGUCUCUGAACACAUUGAAAUGUCUUCUCAGGAAAGACAGCUUACAGUUGAAGCCAAAGAGGAGACUAUGUCUGAAAUGAGUGCCAUCUCUGAGUCUGUGGAGGCUGGGGCAGGUGUUGCCCCAUUCUUUGUGAAGAAACCCACAGUACAGAAGCUUGUGGAGGGAGACAGCAUAGUCUUUGAGUGCCAAGUGGGAGGAAGCCCCAAACCUCAUAUUUACUGGAAGAAGAGUGGAAUUCCACUUACUACUGGAUACAGGUACAGAGUAGCCUACAAUAAGGACACAGGCGCAUGCAAGCUUGAGAUCUCCAUGACAUUUGCUGAUGAUGCAGGAGAAUACACCAUCUUUGCUAGGAACCCACUUGGAGAGAUUUCUGCUUCAGUAAUGUUGCUUGAUGAAGAGGCCUUUGAGUGUUAUAUGAAGAAACAGGAAGAGACAUUCAAGACAGAAGUAACUACUAUUAUAGAGGAGCCAAAAGUGGCUGACAUACCUGCUGUUUUUGAGACUGUAACUGAAAAAGAGCAGAUGCUCAUGCAGAGGAGAAUGGCUCAACAAACCCAGAUGAUGCAGUCCUUCAUUUCAGAGCAGGAGUUGCAAAUAUCUAACUUAGAGCAGAGAUUCAUUCAAGAAAUUGAGUUCCGCCUGCUCAAGAUUACUUACCAGGAGCUGGUGACUGAGGAUGGGGAGCAGCUCGAUAUGAGUGUUUCUGAACAUGAUGCUAUUUCUCCAGUUUUCAAUACUCCAGUUAAAAGCUACAGACUCCGUGAGGGAAUGAGUGCAACAUUUCAUUGCAGGAUGACAGGAACCCCUCUCCCUAAGAUUAUCUGGUACAAAGAUGGCAAGCGUAUAACACAUGGAGGCCGUUAUCACAUGGAGGUUCUGCAGGAUGGUAGAGCCAGUCUGCGCCUUCCAACAGUGCUGUCAGAAGAUGAGGGUGUAUACACUGCUUUGGUCAGUAACAUAAAGGGUAAUGCUGUCAGCUCUGGAAAGCUGUAUGUGGAGCCAACUGGUGUAGCACAAGCACAGCUUCCUCAGCCAGGAGCAGUUCAACGAAUCAGGUCCACAUCACCACGCUCCACAAGUCGUUCUCCUGGUCGAUCACCAGCUCGUAGACUUGAUGAGACAGACGAGGCCCAGCUAGAAAGACUCUACAAGCCUGUGUUUGUACAGAAGCCAUCGUCCUUCAAGUGCUCUGAGGGACAGACAGCAAGAUUUGAUCUGAAAGUAGUUGGGAGACCCAUGCCUGAAACUUACUGGUUCCAUAAUGGACAACAAGUAGUCAAUGACUACACCCACAAAAUUGUGGUAAAGGAAGAUGGUACUCAGUCUAUGAUUGUGGUUCCUGCCAUGCCUCAUGACUCCGGAGAAUGGACGGUUGUUGCUCAGAACAGAGCUGGAAAGACAACCGUAUCUAUGACUCUUACUGUUGAAGCCAAGGAAAACUUGGUGAGACCACAAUUUGUGGAAAAGCUAAGAAACAUCAGUGUUAAAGAGGGUACUUUGGUUGAGCUGGCUGUUAAAGCUAUUGGCAAUCCCCUUCCUGACAUUGUUUGGCUGAAGAACAGUGACAUAAUCUCCCCACAUAAACACCCACAUAUUAGGAUUGAGGGUGGUAAAGGCGAAGCUCAUUUCAAGAUUCCAUCAUCUACAGGAUCUGAUAGUGCAUGGUACACUGCUACUGCUAUAAACAAAGCUGGUAGAGAUACCACACGCUGCAAAGUUAACAUUGAGGUGGAUGCAGUAAUGCCUCAACCAGAGAAAAAGCUUGUCAUUCCCAAGGGAACUUACAAGGCCAAAGAAAUUGCUGCACCAGAGUUAGAGCCACUGCAUCUUCGCUAUGGUCAGGAACAAUGGGAAGAUGGUGACCUCUAUGAUAAGGAGAAGCAACAGAAGCCUCACUUCAAAAAGAAGCUUACCUCAGUCAGGUUAAAGCGAUUUGGACCUGCACACUUUGAGUGCAGACUGACCCCCAUUGGUGAUCCAACCAUGAUUGUUGAGUGGCUGCAUGAUGGCAAGCCAUUGGCAGCUGCUAACAGACUACGCAUGGUCAAUGAGUUUGGCUAUUGCAGUCUUGACUAUGAAGCUGCUUAUUCCAGAGAUAGCGGUGUCAUUACUUGCAGAGCCACCAACAAAUUUGGAGUUGACCAGACCUCUGCUACACUAAUUGUUAAAGAUGAAAAAAGCCUUGUUGAGGAAACUCAGUUGCCAGAGGGAAGGCGAGGACAAAGAAUAGAUGAAAUAGAGCGUAUUGCACAUGAGGGUGGCCCAUCUGGAGUUACUGGAGAUGAUAAUCUUGAAAAGACUAAGCCAGAGAUUGUGUUACUUCCAGAGCCAGUAAGAGUUAGGGAAGGAGAAACAGCUAAAUUCCGCUGUAGGGUGACUGGCUACCCUUGCCCAAAAGUUAACUGGUACCUCAAUGGACUGCUCAUCCGCAAGAGUAAAAGGUUCAGACUUCACUUUGAUGGUAUUCACUACUUAGAAAUUGUAGAUGCCAAGCCCUAUGAUUCGGGAGAAGUCAAAGUUUUGGCUGAAAACCCUGAAGGAGUUACUGAGCAUCUUGUAAAAUUUGAGAUUCAGCAGAAGGAGGACUUCAGGUCAAUCUUGCGUCGUGCUCCUGAGAUUAAGGCUUCUGCUCCUAUACCAACACAAGAACAUGGUAGAGUCUCGUUUGAGGUUGUCAAAACUGAGAAACAACCUGAGACCUCUAAAGAACCCAAGGAGGUUGUUAAGCUGAGGAAAACUGAAAGAGUAUUCCAUGAGAAACUAACAGAAGAAACAGAGGAGCUAAGAAGCAAAUUUAAGCGUAGAACCCAGGAGGGCUACUAUGAAGCCAUAACUGCCGUAGAACUGAAAUCCCGCAAGAAGAAUGAAACCUAUGAAGAUAUGCUGAGGAAGAGAAAAGAAGAACUUCUUCAUCACACAAAAGAACUAGGGCCUGAUGCAGAGAAGAAGAAAGAAGAGGAGAGUAAACUUACCAUUCCCAAAGUCAAACCAGAGAAAAUUGUGCUCUCUCCAAGCAUGGAGGCUCCUAAGAUUAUAGAACGCAUCCAGAGCCAGACAGUUUGUCUUGGAGAUGAAGUACACUUCCGCUGCAGAGUUACCGGUAAACCAGAUCCAGAAUGUCAGUGGUUUAAGAAUGGUGUAUUAUUGGAGAAAUCAGACCGGGUUUACUGGUAUUGGCCAGAGGACCAUGUCUGUGAAUUAGUGAUCAAAAAUGUCUUAGCUGAGGACUCAGCAAGUGUAAUGAUCAAAGCCAUGAAUAUUGCGGGAGAGACCUCAAGCCAUGCUUUCUUACUAGUUCAAGGCAAACAAGUUGUUUCAUUCACACAACUUCUAGAAGAUCAAAAUGCUAAAGAGAAGGACACCAUGGUGACCUUUGAAUGUGAGACAAAUGAGCCAUUUGUGAAGGUCAAAUGGAUGAAGAACAAUGCAGAAAUUUUCUCUGGUGACAAAUACAGAAUGCACUCUGACAGAAAGGUGCACUUCCUGUCAGUGCUGAUCAUUUCUAUGAAUGACGAAGCAGAGUACAGUUGUGUGGUUAUUGACGAUGACCACAUAAGAACCAGUGCCUCACUUUAUGUUGAAGGUGCACCACUUGAAAUUGUAAAAAAUCUUGAGAAUACAGAAGUACCUGAGACAUACUCUGGAGAGUUUGAGUGUGUUUUGUCCCGUGAGGAUGCUGAAGGAACCUGGUAUUUUGAGAACAAAGAAAUCACUCCUAGCCUCAAAUAUGUUGUGUCUGCACGUCGUGGUCGUCAUAGUCUUUCUGUGAAAGAUGUUAAAAAGGAGGACCAGGGAAAAUACACUUUCAAAGUGGGAGAUCUUAAGACAAGUGCCUCCCUUAAGAUGAAACUGCGCCCUGUGACUCUGAUGCAAGGUCUUUCUGACCUGACAAUCUGCGAGGGUGAUAUUGCCCAACUUGAAGUGCGAUUUUCUCAGGAAAAUGUUGAGGGCUCAUGGUUAAAAAAUGGCCAAGCCAUUUCUACUUCCGAUAAGAUUCACAUGGUCAUUGACAAAGUCACCCAUAAGCUUCUUAUUGAGGACACCAGUAAGGAUGAUGCAGGAAUGUACUCAUUUGUUGUUCCUGCACAGGACAUUUCUACAAAUGGAAAACUAACAGUUCAAACUAUUGGCUUCUUGGCACCACUAAAGGAUGUUUCCACGGUGGAAGGCACUAAAGCUGUUCUUGAAGCUAAAAUCUCUGCUACUGAUAUAACUUCAGUAAAAUGGUUCCACGAUGACAAGCUGGUGACAGCAAGUGAUAGAGUCCAGAUGGUUGUCAAAGGAUCUAAACAGAGACUGGCUAUUAACCGGGCCUAUGCAUCAGAUGAAGGACAUUAUAAACUGAUUGCUGGCAAAGUAGACUCAACCUGUAAACUUUCUGUCCAGCCUGUUUCUAUCGUAAAGCACAUGGAAGACUGUGUUUGCACUGAGACCCAGAAUGUCACCUUUGAAGUGGAGAUAUCUCAUCCUGGCAUUGAUGCUCUCUGGACUUUCAAGGGUCAACCUUUAAAGUCAGGUCCAAAGUACAAGAUUGAGGGCAAAGGCACACACUAUUGCCUCAGUAUUUUGAAUGCCAUGAAGGAUGAGGAAGGAGAGUACAUGUUUAUGGCUGGAGAAAAGGAAUCUAGAGCAAGGCUUAUUGUAUCAGGUGGUGCAAUUAACAGGCCACUCCAUGAUGUGACUGUAGCAGAAUCCCAGACUGCAGAGCUGGAGUGCGAAGUUGCAAAUCCUACUACAGAAGGCAAAUGGCUUAAAGAUGGCCACCCCAUUGACUUCAGCGAUAAUAUUGUAAGUGAAAAUAAUGGUGCUGUCAGGCGGCUUGUCAUCGUCAUCACCAGGCCACAGGAUGUUGGAGAGUAUACCUACCAAGUGGCCAACUCCAAGACAUCUGGCAACUUGAAAGUUGAAGCUGUUAAAAUCAGGAAGACUAUGAAGAACCAAACUGUUACUGAAACCCAAGAGGCAGUAUUCAGUAUUGAACUCACCCAUUUAGAUGUGAAAGGAUCCCAGUGGAUCAAGAAUGGUGUUGAGAUUCAUCCAAGUGAUAAAUUUGAGAUAACUGUCCAAGGCAUGGUUCACACCCUGAAGAUCAAGAACUGUAACACCCAAGAUGAAUCAGUCUAUGGGUUUAAACUUGGAAAACUCUCUGCUAAUGCCCGACUUAAUGUUGAAACUAUCAAAAUUGUGAAAAAACCAAAGGAUGUGACAUCACUGCUGGGUGCCACUGCUUCAUUUGAGCUGAGUUUGUCCCAUGAUGACAUUCCAGUUCAGUGGAUGUUCAAUAAUCAGGAGCUCAGACCAAGUUCAAAUAUUAAAAUACUGUCUGAGAGAAAGGCCCACAAACUUAUCAUUCAGAGUGUUGAAGGUCACAUUGCAGGUGAAUACAUUGCUGUGGUCGGGCAUCUGCAGUGCAGUGCACACCUUCAUGUUGAACAUUUGAGAGUCACCAAACCUUUGAAGAACAUUGAGGUUCCAGAGACCCAUGUGGCAACAUUUGAAUGUGAAGUUUCUCAUUUCAAUGUUCCAUCAAUCUGGAUGAAAAAUCAAGUUGAGAUUGAGAUUAGUGAGAAGUUUGCGAUUGUGGUGCAAGGCAAAAUUCAUCAGCUGAAAGUCAUGAAUGCCAGUCAGGAUGAUGCUUCAGAAUACACAUUUAUGUGUGGAAAUGACAAAGUCUCUGCUAACCUGACUGUAAAACCAAUUCUGAUCACAUCCAUGCUUCAAGACCUCAAUGCUAAAGAAAAAGACACGGUUACAUUUGAGGUGAGCGUCAACUAUGAAGGCAUCACCUACAAAUGGCUGAAGAAUGGAGUAGAAAUUCGUUCCAGUGAUAGAUGCCAAACCCGCUGCAAACAAUUCACUCAUUCCCUCACUAUUCGAAAUGUUCACUUUGGGGAUGGAGGAGACUACAAGUUUGUGGCUGGAUCUGCUGAAACAUCUGCAAAACUCUUUGUUGAUGCUCGUGUGAUUGAAUUCACCAAGCAUAUUAAAGAUAUCAAGGUAACUGAGAAGAAGAAGGCUAUAUUUGAAUGUGAGCUCUCUGAACCCAACGUCCCUGUGAUGUGGAUGAAGGAUGGGCAGGAACUUGAGAUGUCUGACAGAUUCAAAGCCACCAGUGACAAAUUCCUGCAGCGUUUGAUGAUCCAGACAGUGCGCAUGUCUGAUGCUGGAGAAUACUCUGUUGUUGCUGGUGCAAGCGUUUCCAAGGCAAACCUCAUAGUGGAGGGCAGGGAUGUCCACAUCUCUGCGCCUUCUGAGAAGGACAUCACUGUAGUUGAGAAACAGAGAGCUACAUUUGAAUUUGAAGUUAAUGAGGAUGACAUUGAAGGCCGCUGGCUGAAAAAUGGUGUUGAAAUUCCAUCUUUUGAUGAGCGCUUCAACUAUGUGACAGUUAGAAAGACACAUCGCUUGACAAUCACUGAAACGUACAGAAGUGAUGCUGGAGAAUACACUUUCAUUGCAGGAAAGAACAGGAGCACAGUCACUCUGCAUGUCCAGAUCCCCGAGCCUCCUCGUAUCAUUAGGGACAUGGUGCCCCUAUCUGUUGAAGCUGGAAAACCUGCACGUUUCACUGUGGAAGUGAGAGGAAUUCCUCAGCCUCAGGUAUCCUGGUAUAAGAACUCUCAAGCACUGUCUUCUGGGUUCAAGUGUAAGUUCCUGAGGGAGGGAAAUGAGCACACACUGCUGCUUAUUGAAGUCUUCCCAGAGGAUGCAGCUCAGUACAACUGUGAAGCUAAGAAUGACUAUGGAGUAGUCACAAGCUCAGCUUCACUUAAUGUGGAAGUUUCAGAAGUGGUUUCUCCAGACACAGUGGCUCCAGUGUCUUCACCAGUGAUUAUUACCUCACUGCAAGAUACCUCUGCUGAAGAGGGAGAAUCAGCUAGAUUCCAGUGCCAUGUCUCUGGAGAUGAUUUGAAGAUUACCUGGUACUUCAGAGAUAAGGAAAUUGUGCAGUCUGACAACUUCAGAAUCUCUCAGUUUGAUGAUAACUGCCAGCUUGAGAUCUCCAGAGCAUAUGUUGCAGAUGCAGGAGAAUACACAUGUGUUGCACGCAAUUCUGGGGGAAUGGUCUCUUGCUCUGCUGUUCUGAACGUCAAUGAUCUCAGUGUGAGAACAGUAGGUAGUCAAAGUGUUUCGAGCACUGGAAUGACUCAUUUGGAGAUGGUCAGCUCCCAGACCAUGAGUGAGACUAAUUCUUCCACUGUACAAACUUUUGAAAGUGUAUCUACGGUGAUGAUGUCCACAACGUCUGUUAAAAGCAUUGAGGUUCAACAAGUUACUUCUGUGGAAGAAUAUUCUACAAGCCCCACUCUGACCCUGAAAAUGAGUGAUGUCAUUGUCAGCCUGGGUGAUAUGGCUCAGUUCAACUGUUCCUUCAGUGGACAACCAUUUACUGAAAUUAUAUGGGAGCAUAAUGGAAGAACAAUAAGAAAUACAGAAAGGGUGCAGUAUGUACAUCAAGGCGGGCUCAUUUCUCUCAUCAUACUCAAUGUCCAUCUUGGGGACCAGGGAAGUUACUGCUGUACUGUUAAAAAUAUAAAUGGUGAAAACCGAACAUCUGCACAGCUCACAGUGGAAGCUAAAGAAGCGCACCCCAAAGAAACCCUCGUACCCUCCGAUUCUAUCAGUAAAUCUUCUAAAACUGAAAAUGAGUCAAGUAAAAAGGCCACUGACCAAGAAAAGCAGGAAUCCUUACAGAAUGUUGGAGAACUGACAACAAAGUGGCAGAUAAGCCGACAUUACAAUCCUGAUGUUAUCCCUUUGUUGGAACGUGACAUUUAUGAUGCAAUUCAGCCAGAGUUCCUUGUGAAACUGUCCCCAGAAUUCCUUGCCAAACAAAAAGAGAGCGUUUCUCUUUAUUAUGUAAUCAAAGGAAGCCCCUCUCCAUUUGUUGUAUGGCUACACAACCAGUUGAAUGUUGAAGAGCCAAGGUCAUACUCCUUGAAACAUGAUGGGCCUUUGUGCUGCUUAAAUGUAAAGAAUAUUGAUUCUGAGCAAAGGGGCACACAUUCUUGCAAAGUUAUCAAUGCUGCAGGAGACAAAACAUGCAGCACUCAUCUCAGAGUGAAGACAGUGUCUAAAGUGGACGAGGAGGCCAGUUAUGAAGAGGAAGCCAAAGUGCCUCCAGUUUUCAAGAAGAAGAUUUGUGACAUGCAGAGCAACAUUGGCAGCCCAGUGAAGUUUGAAUGUGAAAUUGAAGAGACACCCUAUGUGACCUUCAAGUGGUUCAAGUCUGGCUCAGAGAUUAGACAGAGUGACAAAUUCAGAAUCAUCAGCAGGCAAAGUACAUCAUCUCUAGAGCUCCUCAACCCAACAAAGGAUGACGUUGGUGAAUACAGCUGUCGAGCAUCAAACAAGCACGGUAGUGACACCUGUUCUGCUAACCUGAACUUCACCGAAACCCCACCCAUGACAAAAGAAUUACCAAUGCUGGAUGUAGUGAAGGUGACCGGUGCUUUAUUUGGGAGUGAGGUUAUUGGUACUGCCCCAUUUGAAAUAAACUUGUUGAAGAAUAAAAGACAUGCCAAUUCUGACAAAAACAUUUUUGAAGAUUUAAUUGAAUAUUUGGAUACACAUGCAUUUGAAAGUUCAGAUGUCGGGGAGUACCAAUGUUGCCUAUCAAACGAAGUUGGAAAAAUCACCUCAAAAUCAAUUGCUAUGAUAAGAGAGCCUGCCCGCUUUGUGAAGAGGUUGACAGACAUGGCUGUCCCACUCAGUCAGAAACUGAGACUUCAGUGUACAUUCACUGGAGCACCAAAGAUGUUUGUCACAUGGUACAAAGAUGGAAAGCAACUGUACGCCUCAUACAGAUACAACACAAGGAUCAUUGACAACACUUGCGUCUUGGAAUGCCUCCAUGAAUCUAACAAUGAAACACCUGGAAAAUACUCUUGUGAAGUGUUAAAUCCCUUUGGCACUGAUAUCUGUCAUGCCAAUAUAACUACAGUUACAGAACCUGCCCGUUUUGAACAGAAGCUUAAGGACAAAAAAGUUGCAAUGAGCAAAAAGCUGAAGCUUGAGUGCACAUUUACUGGAGCUCCUAAAAUCUUUGUCACCUGGUACAAGGACGGCAAACAAAUAUAUGCCUCUUACAGAUACAAUACUCAAGUUGUUGGAAACACCUGUUCUCUAGAAUGUCUACAUGAAUGCACAAAAGACACUCCUGGUAUAUACUCCUGUGAGGUGUCCAAUUCUUAUGGAAAUGAUAUCUGUCAUGCUGAAGUGACCACUGUUUCUGGACCUGCUCGUUUUGUGAAGAAGCUCACAAACCAGACUAUUCAGUGGGGACAAAAGUUGAGACUUGAAUGCUCCUUCACAGGAAUUGAAAAAAUGUUUGUCACAUGGUACAAGGAUGGCAAACAGGUCUAUGCUUCGUAUAGAUGCAACACAAAAAUAAUUGGAAACAAUUGCAUUUUGGAAUAUCUCGAUGAAUGUGAUCAGAAUACUACUGGAAAAUAUUCUUGUGAGGUUACAAAUGAAGAUGGAUCAGAUAUAUGUCAUGCGCUGAUCACCCUUGCGACAGAGCGCAAAAUUCCACCAACUUUCACUAAGAAACCCUCCGAGCACAUUGAUGAUGCGGAGGGAAAAAUGGUGAAGCUUGAGGGUCGAGUAUCUGGGUCACAGCCUCUAUCUGUAAGCUGGUAUAAAGAUAACAGAGAAAUCAACACUUCUGACAUCUAUGACAUUUCCUUCAAGAGCAACACGGCUGUGAUGUGUCUCAAAAAAGCCACAGUCACAGACAAUGGCAUUUAUACAUGCAGUGCUUCUAAUGAAGCUGGCACUGCCUCCUUCCAGGUGGUGGUUAACAUCACAGAGCAAAAAAGGCCUCCGACUUUUGACAUUCCCCUUAAACCAGUGACAGUGAGUGCGGGAGAAAAGCUAAACCUUAGCUGCCAUGUUUCUGGGUCUUCACCAAUAAAGAUUCAAUGGAUGAAGGACAGAAGGGAGGUCACAUCCUCUGCUAACACCAAGAUGAUGUUUAUGGAUGGCACAGCCACCCUGGAGAUAAACCACACAUCUAAAACUGAUGCAGGAGAUUAUCUGUGCAAGGCAACCAACAGUGCUGGUAGUGAAUUCUCCAAGACCAAAGUCACAAUGAAAGAUAAAGCAGGUGCAGAACCUGCAAGAGCACUGACAGCCCCCACAGCACCUCAAACAGUUAAAAAGCUGGAUAACUUGUUCUUCAUUGAGGAGCCCAAGAGCAUUCAUAUUGUUGAGAAGGGUACAGCUACCUUUAUUGCUAAAAUUGGUGGUGAUCCCAUUCCCAAUGUGAAAUGGAUGAAGGGCAAAUGGAGGCAGAUGACCCAUGGUGGUCGCGUCAACAUUCAACAAAAAGGCCAAGAGGCCAAGUUGGAAAUCAAAGAGGUGACCAAAUCUGACUCUGGUCAGUACAGAUGUGUUGCUUCAAACAAACAUGGAGAAAUUGAGUGUAGCACCAACCUGAAUGUUGAUGAGAAGAAAGAGUCCGGACCAGAGAUGGUGAAACUGAAGAAGACUCCAUCAAAGCAGAAAAGUCCAAAGGAAGACAAAGACAUUGACAUUGUUGAAUUGCUAAGAAAUGUAGAUCCAAAAGAGUAUGAGAAAUAUGCUCGCAUGUAUGGAAUCACAGACUUCCGGGGUCUCCUUCAAGCUAUUGAGUUUCUGAAGAAGGAGAAGGGUGAAGAAAGUGGAAGACUGGAAAGUGAACAUGGAAGAGAAUAUGAUGAGGAUUUGGCUAAGCUUGUGUCUGAUUUGCAGAGGCGAAUGGAACACAGUGAACCUGUUAAUCUGCUUAAAGACAUCACAGAUCAGACAACGCAAGUUAACAAAGAGGCAGUGUUUGAGUGUGAGAUUAAAAUCAACUACCCAGAAAUUACACUGUCUUGGUAUAAAGAUACACAGCGGCUAGAAACUAGUGAUAAAUAUGAAAUUAAACUCGUGGGCGACCGUCAGAUAUUGAAGAUCAAGAACUGUCAGACCAGUGACCAGGGAAAUUACCGUGUCGUUUGUGGGCCACAUAUAUCCAGUGCCAGACUGACAGUGUUGGAGAAUCAAGAUCAUGUGCAGAAACCAUCACCUGAAUUGAAGAAACCCAUUGAGGAGACUGUAACGAAACGUGUAGUGGAAAGGACAGAGGAGGUCCCUAUGAAAGUUGUGAAGCAACCAGAAGACAAAACUGAAACUUCCUUUGUACAGCCACCGGUUCCUGAGAAAGAACCUGAAAUCAAGAAGCCUGUUGAAGAAAAAGUCACAUCUGUCAAGGUGACAGAGCAAAAACAACAACCCACACACAAAGAGCCUAAACCUCAGGUGCCAGCAGAACCAAAGGCUACAGUGGCUGAACCAAAGCCUGAACCUAAGUCUGAGCCAAACGCUCUUCCCAAACCUGAGCCAAAAGCUUUACCAAAACCUGAGCCCACACCUGAGCCAAAAGCUACACCAAAGCCUGAGGCUGAACCUAAGGCUGCAGUUGCAAAGGAAGUUGAGGCACCUUCUGUCAAAGAACCAGAACUUUUGAAGAAACCUGAACCAGAAGUCCCUAAGCCUACUGUGGCUCCAGCUGAACAGAAAACGUUGCCUCCAUCAAAAGAGCCAACUGUUGAAAGGAAAACAUCACCUGAGGCACCAAAACCAAUUGUGGCCCCAGUUGAACAGAAAAUAUUACCUCCUUCAAAAGAGCCAACUGUUGAAAAGAAACCAGUUGCUGAAGUACCAAAGACAACUGUGGCUCCAAUACAACAGAAAAUAGUAACUCCUCCAAAAGAGCCAACUGUUGAAAAGAAACCAGUUCCUGAAGUACCAAAGCCAACUGUGGCUCCAGUAGAACAGAAAAUAGUAUCUUCUCCAAAAGAGCCAACUGUUCAAAAGACACCAUCUCCUGUGGCACCAGAGCCAAAAGCAACUCCAAUUGAACAGAAAUUCUCUCCUCCCACAGAUGCAGAAAAGGGCCCUGUUACAGCUCCUGGACCUGCUGGCAAAGAUGGAAAACCAAAGGAGGAACCAGCUCCAGGCAGAGGCAGAGGACUAAGACCAAGACAAACUCCAUCUCCUGGUGAUGCUGGAAGGGGUAGAGGGCUGAAACCUGGUGGUGGAGGUGACAAGCCUCCAGGAGAAUCACCAUUUGGUUUCCAGCUAAAAGCUGUCCCCUUGAAGUUUGUGAAGGAGCUCCAAGACAUUGUGUUGCAGGAGGCUGAGUCCAUUGGCUCCUCUGCUGUAUUUGAGUGUCAGAUCUCUCCAUCUACUGCUGUCACCACCUGGAUGAAGGAUGGAAGUAAUCUAAGAGAAAGUCCGAAGCACAAAUUCACAUCUGAUGGCAAAGACCGCAAACUGCAAAUCAUUGAUGUCCAGCUUUCAGACACUGGAGAGUACACAUGUGUUGCAAAGCUUGGCAACAAGGAGAAGACCUCAACAGCUAAACUUGUUGUAGAAGAAUUGCCUGUGAAAUUCACAAAGAAUCUGGAAGAAGAGACCUCCGUGCUUAAGGGCCAGCCAAUGUAUUUGACCUGUGAGUUGAGCAAGGACAGAGAUGUGGUCUGGAAGAAGAAUGGAAAAGAGAUAAAGGAAAUUCCUGGCAAAAUUCAAAUCAAUAUUAUUGGGCUACAGCGUGCCAUCACAAUCCAGGAUGCAAACGAUGAUGAUGCCGGGGUUUACACAUGCGAGUGUGAAAACAUUAAAACUCAAACUAAUGUCAAGGUUAUUGAAAUUGUUAGAGACUGGUUAGUGAAACCUUUGCGGGACCAGCAUGUGAAACCCAAGGCCACUGCAACAUUUAAAGGCGAGCUCUUCAAGGACACCCCUAACUGGAAAUGGUACAAGGGCAACGAUGAAAUCCCUAAUGAGCCUACAGAUAAGACCGAGGUGAAGAAGGAGGGUAAAGAUAUCUCUCUUACAAUUAAAAAUGCCCAGCCUGAUGACAUUGCUGAGUAUGCUGUGGAGGUUGAAGGACGCAGAUAUGCAGCAAAACUAACACUUGGAGAGCGUGAAGCUGAGAUCUUGAAGCCUCUUGCGAGUGUAGAGGUGGUUGAGAAAACGGAGGCCAACUUCGAUACUGAAAUUUCAGAGGAUGAUGUGCCUGGAGAAUGGAAACUUAAAGGACAGGUUCUGACAAGAUCACCGACAUGUGACAUCAGAUCUGAGGGAGGAAAACGCUUCCUUACCAUCAAAAAUAUUCAGCUUGAUCAAGCUGGUGAAGUUACAUACCAAGCUCUGAAUGCUGUGACAAGUGCUAUGCUCACAGUAAAAGAGGGUGAUGCAUAUUUCACCACCAAGUUACAAGAUUAUACCGCAGUUGAAAAAGAUGAAGUCACAUUCGACUGCGAGCUCAGUAGAGAUGUUCCUGUAAAAUGGUUCAAGAAUGAAAUUGAAAUUAAAGCCUCCAAGAUGGUGACCAUGAAAGUUGAAGGCAAAAGAAGAAUCCUUAAUCUUAAGAAAGUUGAGAACCAAGACAAAGGAUUAUAUGUUUGUGACUGUGGAACAGACAAAACUUCAGCCAACUUAAACAUUGAAGCUCGUGACAUCAAAGUGGUGCGACCCAUGUAUGGCGUUGAGCUCUUUGAUGGUGAGACGGCUCGUUUUGAGGUGGAAAUCUCUGAAGAUGAUGUCCAUGGUCAAUGGAAACUGAAGGGAGAAGUCUUGUCCUCUUCACCUGAUGUUGAGAUUAUUGAGGAUGGUGCAAAACACACAUUAACACUCUACAACUGCAAAGUUUCCCAAUCUGGAGAAGUAGCCUUCCAGGGAGCAAAUGCUAAGUGUUCUGCAAAUCUUAAAGUAAAAGAUUUACCAAUUUCUUUUGUCAUGCCCAUGAACGAUGUACAAGUCUAUGAGAAAGAUGAUGCAAGAUUUGAAAUUGAACUUUCAAGGGAGGCUAAAGUCAUCCGUUGGCUAAAGGGAUCUCAGGAGUUGAAAGCUGACGAAAAGUUUGAAAUCCUUGCAGAAAAGAAAAGACACAUUUUGGUGGUCAGAUCUGCUGCCUAUGAGGAUGAGGCUAAGUACACGUUUGAGGCUGAGGACAAGAGGGCAUCUGCCAAACUUGUUAUUCAGGGUAUCCGUCUUGAGUUUGUCAGACCCAUUAAAGAUGUCACCGUUAAAGAACGUGAGACUGCAGAAUUCAGGAUUGAACUCUCUCAUGAGAAGAUUCAAGUCACCUGGUACAAGAAUGAUGUGCGUUUGCAUCCAAGCAAAGUAGUGCACAUGUCUGAGGAUGGGAAGAUCCACACUCUGUCCUUCAAAGAGGUGUCUAUUGAUGACACUUCUCUAAUUAAAGUCGAGGCCCUUGGUAAAAGCUCUGAAGCAAUGCUCACUGUGCUUGAGGGAGAAGCUUACUUCACCACCAAGUUACAGGACUACACAGCAGUUGAGAAGGAUGAAGUUGUGCUGAUGUGCGAAGUGAGCAAAUCAUCUGCUCAGGUGAAAUGGUUGAAAGAUGGCAAGGAAAUCACUCCUUCUAAGAACAUCCUCAUCAAGGCUGAUGGAAAGAAACGUAUCCUGACAGUGAAGAAGGCAGAAAAGGCCAACAUUGGUGAAUAUGUUUGUGACUGCGGCUCUGACAAAACAGCAGCCAAGCUCAACAUUGAAGAACGUGAUAUUAAGAUUGUCCGUCCACUGUAUAGUGUGGAGGUCACAGAGACAGAGACUGCUCGCUUUGAGACAGAAAUCUCUGAGGAGGAUGUUCAUGGUAACUGGAAACUAAAAGGAGAUGCCCUGCACCAGUCUGCCGACUGUGAAAUUAAGGAAGAAGGCACCAAGCACAUGCUUAUCCUUUACAAUGUUCACAUGGAUAUGGCUGGUGGUGUGGACUUCAGUGCUGCUAACGCUAAAUCAAGUGCUCAGCUCAGAGUUAAAGCACGCACAAUUGGCCUCCGGCGACCUCUGCGGGAUGUUACCGUCACUGCUGGAGAGACUGCUACAUUUGACUGUGAGCUCUCAUAUGAAGAUAUUCCAGUUGAAUGGUUUGUUGGCUCAACAAAGAUGGAGCCAAGUGACAGGGUGGUCACCAGAGCAGAAGGAAGACUGCAUUCUCUGACUGUAAGAGAUGUCAAGAUGACAGAGGCUGGGGAAGUGAAACUUACUGCAAAGGACUUUGUGACCCAAGCUACACUUAUUGUGAACGAGCCACCAGCCGAGUUCACCAAGCCUCUGGAAGACCAGACUGUUGAGGAGGAAGCCACGGCCAUUCUGGAGUGUGAACUGUCCAGGGAGAAGGCUGAUGUGAAGUGGUUUAGAGAUGGACAGGAAAUCCGUAAAACCAAGAAGUAUGAAUUGGUGGCUGAGGGACGCAUAAGGAGACUGAUCAUCAAGGACUGUAACCUUGAUGAUUCCAAGACAUACACUUGUGAUGCAAAGGAAUUCAAGACAUCUGCUUUCUUAAACGUUGAACCUCCAUUUGUUGAAUUCACAAAGCCUCUUCAUGAUGUUGAGGUUAAGGAGAAGGAAUCUGCUAAGUUUGAAUGUGAAGUGUCCCGUGAAAGUGCCAAGGUUCGCUGGUUUAAAGAUGGCGCUGAGAUCAGAAAAGGCAAAAAAUAUGAGAUUAUUGCCAAGGGAUUACAGCGUAUUCUCAUCAUCAGCAAGGCAGUAUUUGAUGAUGAAGCAGAAUAUGAAUGUGAUGCUAGGACAUCCAAGUCCUCUGGAAUGCUGACAGUUGUUGAGGAGGAAGCUAGGUUUACAAAAAACCUUUCCAAUGUUGAGGGCACAGAAACCGACAGCAUUAAGAUGAUUUGUGAGGUAUCCAAACCCAGUGCAGAGGUUACAUGGUACAAGGGUGACCAGGAGAUCCCAGAGGGUGGUAGAUAUGAACAUGUUGCAGAUGGGAGAAAGAGAAUUCUCAUCAUACAGGACCUCCGUAUGGAUGAUGCUGGCGAGUACCAGUGCAAACUGCCUGCUUCAGAAACUAAAGGAACUCUAAAGAUCAGUGAAUUGGCAGCUGAGUUCAUUGCCAGACCUCAAAACCAAGAGGCUGUUGAAAAUGAAAAGGCUGAGUUUGUUUGCUCAGUGUCUAAGGAAAAUUAUGAAGUCAAAUGGUUCAAAGGUGACAAAGAAAUUACAACUGAUGAUAAGUAUGAAAUUGUUGUUGAUGGCAAGAGGAGGGCACUCAUUGUCAAAAACUGUGAGCUAAAUGAUGAGGGUGCAUUCACUGCCCACAUUGGCUCUGUAAAGGCUUCAGCAAACUUGGUGGUGAUCGAAAAACUGAGGAUAAUCACUCCCAUCAAGGAUACGCAAGUAAAGGAAGGACAAGAGAUUGUUCUUAAUUGCGAGGUAAACUCAGAGGGAGCUAAAGCCAAAUGGCUAAAGAACAAUGAGACAAUGUUUGAGAGCAGCAAGUUUGUCAUGGUUCAGAGAGACAAUGUGUUCUCUCUGAGAAUAAAAGCUGCAGAAAAGUCAGAUGAAGCCAGCUAUACCAUUACACUGACUAACCAACGCGGAGAGCAGGCCAAGUGUUCUGCUAACGUCAAUGUACUAGAGGAAGCCCUCAAGAUCAUUGAGCCACUAGAGGACUGUGAAAUAGAGGAAAAGAAGACUAUGACUUUCACUUGCAAAGUGAACAGACCUAAUGUGACAGUUCAGUGGAUGAAGGCCGGUCAAGAGAUCACUUUCAGCAAACGCAUUCUGUAUCGUGUGGACAAAGACAAGCACACUUUGACCAUUAAGGACUGCAGCCUUGCAGACGAGGGUGAAUACAGUGUAGUUGCUGGCACGGAUAAGUCCACAGCAGAACUGAUCAUUAGUGAGGCACCCACUGACUUCACCGCUCAGCUCAGAGACCAGACCAUCACUGAAUUUGAGGAUGCCGAAUUCACUUGCAAAGUAUCAAAGGAAAAAGCCCAUGUUAAAUGGUACAGGAACGGACGAGAAAUCAGAGAAGGUCCAAGAUAUCAUAUGAAAAAAGAUGGAAAAGAAUGCAAGCUUGUAAUCAAAGAGUGCAGACCAGAUGAUGAAUGUGAAUAUGCCUGUGGUGUGGAAGACAAAAGGUCAAGGGCACGUCUCUUUGUUGAAGAGAUUCCAGUGGAAAUUAUCAGGCCACCCACAGAUGUAUUUGAUCCUCCAGGAUCAGACAUUGUGUUUGAGGCCGAACUCAAUAAGGACAGAGUUGAGGUCAAAUGGAUGAGGAACAACAUGAUUAUUGUCCAGGGUGACAAAUACCAGAUGAUCAGUGAGGGCAAAGUUCAUAGAUUGCAGGUCUGUGAGAUCAGGCCGCGUGAUCAGGGAGAAUACAGAAUUGUUGCAAAGGAGAAGGAUGCUAGGGCCAAGCUUGAGCUUGCAGCUGUUCCAAAGAUCAAGACUACAGAUCAGAACCUUGUAACAGAUGCUGGAAAGCCUUUUGUCAUGACGGUACCCUAUGAUGCUUAUCCCCGUGCUGAGGCAGAAUGGUUUUACAAUGACAUCAGCCUACCUGGGCAAAACAUUGACACAUCCAGUGAAAGGUCAGAAUACAGGCUGAAAGACCCUAAAAAGUCAGACCAGGGCCGUUAUAAGAUUGUCAUCAAGAACAAACAUGGAACAGGAGAGGCUUUCAUUAAUCUUGAUGUCAUUGAUGUUCCGGGACCUGUGAAGAACCUGCAUGUUGUUGACACUGCUGAUGGUGAAGUAAGCCUUGCUUGGGAAGAACCUGAAAGUGAUGGUGGAAGCAAGAUCUUGGCUUAUGUGGUUGAGAGAAGAGAUGUCAAACGCAAGACCUGGACAAUGGCCACAGACCGUGCCGACAUUCCAGAAUAUUGUGUUGGUGGAUUGCAGAGAGACAGCAUGUAUUUCUUCCGUGUAUUUGCUCGCAAUAGAGUUGGAAAUGGAGAACCUGUUACUACUGAUGAGGCUGUUCAAGCCAAAAACAAAUUUGAUGUGCCUGAUGCGCCUCAGAAGUUUAUGGUUGGAGUUGUCAAUAGGUUUGGUGCCACGGUUUCUUGGGAACCACCACUUUUUGAUGGAGGAUCAGAAAUCACAUCUUAUAUAAUCGAACUACGUGACAGAACCUCUGUGAAAUGGGAGCCUGCUAUGGUAGUGAAAGCUGAAGAUCGCACAGCCACACUCAAUGAUGUUGUUGAAAACAAGGAGUACAUCUUUAGGGUCAGAGCUGAGAACAAAGCUGGAAUUGGCCAGCCAAGUUCUGCCACUGAUCCAGUGAAGAUCAUGGAUCCUAUUGAGAGACCAAGUCCACCUCUGAACUUCAACUACACAAAUCAGACCAAAGACUCAGUACAGCUGUCAUGGGAAACACCUAUCAGCAAUGGAGGCAGUAUGAUUACAGGCUACAUCAUUGAGAAGUGUGAAGAAGGUUCUGACAAGUGGCUGAGAUGUAACGCCAGGCUUUGUCCUGACCUUUACUACAGGGUUUCUGGACUGAAGUUUGGUCAGAAGUAUCACUACAGAGUAUGUGCAGAAAAUGCUGCUGGCGUUUCCGAUCCAGCUGAUGCAAUUGGGCCACUUUUGGCUGAUGAUCCUCAUGUGGGUCCCACCAUGGACCUCAGUGGGUUCAAGAAUGGUCUGGAGGUCAUUGUUCCCAGUGCUCUUGUCAUACGAGUUCCCAUUACGGGAUAUCCUGUGCCAAAACCAAAGUGGACAUUUGGUGACAAAGAGCUCACUGCGGGUGACCGUGUUUCCAUGGUUACAAAGCCUACAUACACCGAACUAGUUGUUGCUCCAAGUGUGCGUCCAGACAAAGGAACGUACACAUUACAAUUGGAGAAUGAUGUGACAUCUGUUUCUGGAGAGAUCGAAGUCAAUGUUAUUGCAUGUCCAAGUGCACCCAAAGACUUCAAAGUUGCAGAGGUGACUAGACAUCAUGUGCAUCUAAUGUGGGAAGCACCAGAUCAUGAUGGAGGCAGCCCUGUAAGUGGGUACAAUAUUGAGAAAAGAGAGGUUUCCCGCAAGACCUGGGUUAAGGUGAUGUCAGGUGUACAGGACCUUGAGUACACCGUCACAGAUGUCAUUGAGGGCAAGGAGUACCUGUUUAGUGUUAUUGCUUGCAACAAAUGUGGACCAGGAGAGCCAGCAUACAUUGAUGAACCUGUAAAUGUGUCCUCCCCAGCCACUGUUCCUGACCCUCCUGAGAACCUAAAAUGGAGAGACAAAUCAGCAAAGAGCAUUUUCUUGCUCUGGGAACCUCCAAGAUAUGAUGGUGGCACUGCUGUGAAGGGCUACAUUGUUGAUAAAUGCCAGCGUGGCACUGACAAAUGGGAAGCCUGUGGAGAUCCCAUACCUGAACUUAAGUUCCAGGUGACUGGUCUUACUGAAGGUCAGUGGUAUGCCUACCGUGUAAGAGCAGUGAACAGACUUGGGGCCAGCCGACCAUGCAAGGCUACAGAUGAGAUCCUGGCUGUAGAUCCUAAAGAGCCACCAGAAAUCCAGUUGGAUGUAAAGCUUCUAGCAGGCUUAACAGCUAGGGCUGGCACUAAGAUUGACCUACCCGCUGAUGUGCUUGGCAAGCCAGAUCCAAGAGUAAAAUGGACAAAGGCUGACCUUGUCCUGAAACCAGAUGAUAAGAUUACCAUCGACACAAAACCUGGCCAUUCCACACUUUCCAUUGCAAACACAACCAGAUCUGACACAGCCACUUAUAUCAUUGAGGCAGUCAACACCAGUGGCCGUGCCACUGCAACUGUUGAUGUCAACAUUCUUGACAAACCUGGCCCGCCCGCUGCUUUUGAUAUCUCUGAAAUCACCAAUGAAUCCUGCUGUCUGGCCUGGAAUGCCCCCAGAGAUGAUGGUGGCUCACCAGUAACCAAUUACAUUGUGGAGAUGAGACCCACAGAUAAAGAAGAGUGGCAGAAACUGUCUGCUACAAUCAAACAAACUGUUUUCAAAGCCUCCAAACUCACUCCCAUGAAGGAGUAUGUCUUUAGAGUAUCUGCUGAAAACCAGUAUGGCAUUGGGACUCCUGCAGAGCAUGUGCCUAUUGUUGCAAAGUAUUCAUUUGAUACACCUGGGGCACCAACUAGAGUUCAGCCUUCUGAUAUUACAAAGGAUGCCGUAACUCUGACUUGGUAUGAGCCUGAUGAAGAUGGUGGAAGCCCCAUCACUGGUUACUGGGUUGAGAGGUUUGAUCCGGAAACUGACAAAUGGAUCAGGUGUAACAAACUGCCAAUAAAGGAUGCAUCAUACAGGGUGAAAGGCUUACCAACAAAGAAGAAGUACAAGUUCCGUGUUUUGGCUGAGAAUCUUGCAGGACCAGGAAAGCCUAGUGCUGAGACUGACCCGGUUUUGAUUAAGGACCCAAUUGAUCCUCCCUGGGCUCCAGGGAAACCAUUCAUCAAAGACAUUGCCAAGACUUCAGCAGACCUGCAAUGGACCAGGCCAGAGCAUGAUGGUGGGGCUAAGAUUGAGUCCUACAUAAUUGAGCUUCAAAAGACUGGAACUGAGGAAUGGGUUCGUGUAGCUGACGAUGUGCCAGCAACAGAGCAUUUAUUGAAGGGUCUGAUGGAAAAGCAGGAGUAUUCUUUCAGAGUCAAGGCCAUCAAUGUUGCUGGAGAGAGUGAACCCAGUGAACCAAGUGACCCUGUUGUCUGCAAAGAGAGACUCUAUCCUCCAAAUGCCCCACGUUGGCUUGAGGUGGUUAACAUUACUAAAAUCAACUGUGACCUAAAAUGGACUGAACCAGAUAGUGAUGGUGGCUCUCCAGUUACCAACUAUGUUGUUGAGAAGAGAGAUGUCAGACGCAGAGCUUGGCAGAGUGUGGAUACCACAGUGAAAGAUAUGAAGUAUACUGUCGCUCCACUGAAUGAAGGCUCUCUUUAUGUGUUCCGUGUUGCUGCUGAGAAUGCAGCUGGUGUAAGCGAGUUCUGUGAACUAGAGGACUCUGUUUUGGCCAAGGACACUUUCACAACCCCUGGACCACCCUACGCUUUGACUGUUGUUGAGGUGUCCAAGAGACAUGUUGACCUGAAAUGGGAGCCACCCAGCAGUGAUGGCGGAAGACCCAUAACCAAGUAUGUUAUUGAGAAGAAAGAGAAACUAGGCACACGCUGGGUAAAGUCUGGUAAGACAUCUGGCCCUGAAUGCAAGUACAAGGUGACUGAUGUUGAUGAAGGCUCUGAGGUACAGUUCCAGGUCCGUGCUGAGAAUGAAGCAGGAGUUGGUGACCCAAGUGAACCAACUGUUAUCAUGACCAUUGAGGAUCCCAUAAGUCCACCUUCUCCUCCACUUGAAGUCAAGAUUGUUGAUGCAAGCAGAGAGCACAUAAACAUUACGUGGAAAGCUCCAGAAAAGAAUGGCGGAUGUCCAGUCACAGGCUACCAUGUAGAGCUGUCUGAAGCUGGAACUGAGAAGUGGAUGAGAAUUAAUGCUCGUCCUAUCAAAGAGCUCAGGUUUAGGGCUGAGGAAGGCAUCAUUCCUGAGAAAAAAUAUGUUCUUAGAGUUCGUGCUAUCAAUGCUGUUGGAGUCAGUGAUCCCUCUGAAAUUUCAGAUGGUGUCUUUGCCAAAGACCCUGACUGUGCACCAACCAUGGAUAUCCAGACCCAAGAUAUUGUAAUUGUUGAAGGUGAGAAGAUGGACAUAAAAAUCCCAUACAGAGCAAUACCAAAACCAUCAAUGGUCUGGAAAAAGGGUGACACUGAAUUAAAAUCUGAAGACAGAUUGACAUUGACAUGUGAACUCAAUCGUGUUCACCUGGAGCUUCUCAAGUGUAAACACGAAGAUGCUGGCGUGUACACUGUUACUCUUGAGAACAGUUUGGGAUCAAUAACUGGCACAAUCAAUGCAAAAGUGAUUGGCCUGCCUGAACAAUGUAAGGACAUCUCCUCCAGUGAAGUCACCAAGAACUCUUGCAAGGUCUCAUGGGAGCCUCCAGAAAAUGAUGGGGGUAGCCCAAUCUUGCACUAUGUUUUAGAGCGCAGGGAAGCUCAGAAGAAGACAUUUUUGCCUGUGAUGUCUGGUGACAAUGUUUUAAGUUUUGUGGUCAAAGAUCUUAUGCUCAAUGGUGAAUAUUACUUUAGAGUAAAGGCUGUUAACAAGAUUGGUAGUGGCGAGUUUCUUGAACUCCGUAAUCCUGUCAUAACAGAAGAACAAAAACAACGCCCAGACCCACCAGUUGAGGUUGAAGGACACAAUCCCACCUCAACUUCAAUCACUGUUACUUGGAUGGCCCCAUCGUAUGAUGGUGGUUGUCCAAUCACAGGGUAUAUUCUUGAGAAGAUUGAAAAAGAUGGUGACAGAUUUGAAAGAUGUGUUCCAAAUCUGGUACCUGGUUUCUCCUACACUGUCACUGGCUUGACAGAAGGAAAGGAAUACCAGUUCCGUGUCCGUGCAGAGAAUAUUGCAGGAGCAAGUGACCCAUCUCGCAGUACACCAUUGAUUAAGGCUGCUGAUCCUGUUGAACCACCAAAAGUAUCACUCAAUGCCCGUAUUGCAUCUGGCCUCAGUAUUAAAAAAGGCGAAGAGAUUAGAUUGGAUGCUUACAUUUCUGGAUCUCCCUACCCAACUAUUACAUGGCUCAGAAAUGAUGAGAAUGUGAGGCAGCCGCCAGCUAAAAAGAAACCAGAAAUUGUGAAAAAGAAGAAAAAGAAGUCUGUUCAGCCUGAACCUGAAGAAGAAUUUCAUCCACCACUUUUAGAUCGCUUGUCAUUCGACCAGAGCAAAAAGGAUGAAACUGCUCUGAUGGUGCGUGAUGCCAUUAGAACAGAUCAUGGAAUGUUCACUAUUAGACUUGAGAAUCCCCAUGGUGUUGCAACAGCAUCAUGUGAAGUCAAUGUUCUUGAUAAGCCUGGUCCCCCUGUUAACUUUGCAUUUGAUGAGAUCAGGAACACAUCUGUUGUUUGCUUGUGGGAUGCACCUCUUGAUGAUGGUGGCAGUGAGAUCAUCAACUACAUACUGGAAAAGAAAGACAACACUACUGAUGACAUUGGUUGGGUAACUGUGACCUCAACACACAAGGGAUACAAUUACCCUGUAACCAAGCUUAUUGAAGGAAAGGAGUACAUCUUCAGAGUCACAGCUGAAAACAAGUUUGGAUGUGGACAUCCAUGCUACUCUGAACCACUUAUUGCAAAGAAUCAAUUUGAACCACCUGAUGCUCCCAACAUGCCAAGAAUUGGAGAGGUCACCUCCAGCACAGUUGCUCUCAGCUGGCAUGAGCCAAAGGACAAUGGUAGCCCUAUCUUGGGCUAUUGGGUUGAGAGACGUGAAGUCAACAGCAAAUACUGGACCAGAGUGAACAACAAUCUUCUUAAUUCACUGUCAGUUAAGGCUGAGGGUCUUAUGGAAGGCCUUGUUUACGUUUUCAGGGUCUGUGCCGAAAAUCUUGCUGGCCCAGGAGAAUUCAGUCCACCAACUGACCCUCAGACCGCAAUGGAUGCAAUUUUGCCUCCUGGCCCUCCUGUACCAAAAAUUGUUGAUGUCACAAAUACAACAAUUGAUAUCAGCUGGGUACCCCCAUUGUACAAUGGCGGUGGAGAAAUUCUUGGAUAUCAUGUUGAGCGCUGCCUAGUUGGAGAGAAGGACUGGGUCCGCUGUACUGAGUUUAGGUGCAAAGACCGCAAAUACACAGUGACUGGACUGACGGAGGGAGCUGACUAUUACCUUCGUGUGUAUGCUGUAAAUGAAGCAGGCCAUGGAGCACCAGGCAUGACUGAACCUGUGCAGGCCAAAGAGCCAGAAGAGGCCCCAGGCAUUGAGUUUGAUGUCUCUGUAAGGAAUGGAGUCAUCAUUAGAGCUGGAGAAACAUUGCGUCUCCCUGCUGUUGUUACUGGACGCCCUGUACCAGAAGUUAAGUGGGCAAAGGAUGAUGCAGAGCCAGACAAGGAACACACAGUUAUUGAGACAGAAGGAAAAAACAACAGUUUAACCAUCAAAAAUGCUUUGAGAACUGACCAUGGCAUAUACCAGAUCACAGGUACCAACCCCAGCGGAACCAAGUCUGCAUCCGUUAAGGUGGAUGUGAUGGAUGUUCCCGGACCAGUGGUUGAUCUUAAGACAGUUCAUGUGACCAAGAAAAUGAUUUCACUCACCUGGUCAGAUCCUCUGGAUAAUGGUGGAAGUGACAUCAUGGGCUAUGUUGUUGAACGAAAAGAUGCAAAAAUGCACAUUUACAGACAACCCUUAGAAGUUGCUGCUUGCAAAUGUGACAUUGUUGGUCUUCUUGAUGGAGAAGAAUAUAUGUUCCGUGUAGUCGCAAGGAACAAAUAUGGCCUUGGUGCUCCUGUUGAACUUGGACCUGUUUUAGCAGUGGAUCCUAAAGGAGUUCCAUCUGCCCCAGAGAAAUUGCACUAUAAGGAAAGGACCAAGAGCACUAUUACUUUAACUUGGGAACCUCCUCGUAGUGAUGGUGGUUCUCCAAUCAGAGGCUACUAUAUUGAAAAGAUGAGACAAGACAGCAAUGAAUAUGAUGUUGCCAAUCGCCAACUCUGCAAAGACCUUACCAUCACUCUGGAAAAUUUGUCUGAGAAUAUGAUGUAUGACUUCAGAGUCAAAGCUGUCAAUGAAGUUGGAGAUGGAGAACCAUCCAAACCAAUCAGUGCCAAUAUUCAGGAUGAUGAACUUAUACCAACUGUUAAAUGGUUGAAAUUCUUUAAGAGUGAUGCUAUUAUUGUCAAGAAGGGAGCAGCUAUUGAAAUUCCUGGUGAAAUCGUUGGCCUACCCUUGCCUACCUUUGAGUGGACAAAGAAUGGAGAAGUUAUCGACCAACCUACUGAGACAAUGACACUGGAAUCAGAAGAGAUUAACAGGCAAACUAUUAAUACCAAAAUUGGUAUUCCUGAAACUGUAAGAAAAGACACAGGCAUUUACAAGUUAACUGCCACAAAUACCCGUGGAGUAGGUCAACGCACAAUCCGAGUGGACAUCUUGGAUCGCCCAUUGCCGCCAAGAAACAUUGUGGUGUCUGACAUCAAAGCUGAGUCCUGCUACCUUACCUGGGAUGCCCCAGAGGACAAUGGUGGAAGCGACCUCACUAACUACAUCAUUGAGAAGAGAGAUGCCAGCAAAAAGAAGUCUGACUGGGAACAGCUGACAUGCUGCAUCAUAGACAGACGUUAUGGGGUGUACAAGUUGGAGGCCUAUGGUACCUACCAGUUCCAGAUCAAAGCUGAGAACAAGUAUGGGGUCAGUGAUGGAUGUGAAUCCGAAAAGGUUGUACUCAAAGAUCCAUUUGGUCUUCCUGGGCCACCCCAGAGGCCAAGGAUUAUUAGUCACACUCGCUCAUCUAUGUUGGUCGCUUGGGAUCCCCCAAAAGACAAUGGUGGCUCAACUAUUCAAGGCUACUGGCUUGAAAAGAGAGAGAGAGGAGCUGUAUACUGGAGCCGUGUUAACAGGGCUCCAGUAACAAAACCAGCAGUCAGGGGCCUGGAAUACAAUGUUCUCCACCUUAUUGAGGGUUCUGAGUACAAGUUCCGUGUGAUGGCUCAGAAUGCAGCUGGUGUUGGACCUCCAAGUGAAGCAACAGAGUGUGUGUUUGCGCUUGAUCCAAGAAAACCACCAAGCCAACCACCAGCACCUGAAGUAACAGACAAAACCACAAGCAGUGUGAGCCUUUCUUGGACCCCACCUGAAAAAGAUGGAGGAAGUCCAAUAAAGGGUUACAUGGUUGAAGUUCAGGAUGAAGGUUCACUUGAGUGGAGAAGGAUCAAUACACCUGAUAAGCUGAUCCUAACCAAUUCAUACACUGUGUCAGGGCUUAAAGAGAAUAAGAAAUGCAGGUUCAGGAUUGUUGCUGUCAAUGCUGCUGGUGAAUCUGAGCCAAGUCCCAGAACUGCCGAUACAAUUGUUCAAGAUAUUCUGGAGGAACCUGUUAUUACCAUGGAUGUCACGGCUAAUGAGCUUCUCAAUUGUCGCGCUGGAACGACCAUCAAGAUUCCAGCCACCAUCUCAGGCAAACCUAUUCCAAAUGUUACAUGGGACUUUGAUGGAACUGCCCCAACAGAGAAAAAGAAUGAACGUCAUACUUUGCCAGAGGAUUCAGAAAUAUCAUCCAGCGAUACAACAUCAGUAGUGAUAAUCCCUGAAUGUAAAUUAAACCACUCUGGGCGAUACAUCAUCACUGCCAAUAACCAGGGUGGCACCAAAAUCGUUAAAGUGCGCGUGAAUGUACUUGAUUUGCCUGGAGCUCCCAAAGAUGUCAAAAUCAGUGACAUCACACGUGGAACAUGUAGACUAAGCUGGAAGCCACCAGACUGUGAUGGAGGUGACAGAAUCAAGAGUUACUUUAUUGAGAAAAAAACUGUUGAAGGAAAGGCUUGGACAAAGGUCAACCCAACUUGCGCAACACAGUCCUUAGUUGUGCCAGACCUCAUUGAAGGACAAGAAUACUUGUUCCGUAUAAGAGCUGAGAAUUGCUUUGGUUUGGGACCUCAUAUCACAACCAUUCAGCAGACUAAAGCCAGAGAUCCUAUUCAUCCUCCUGAUCCUCCUACAAGAGUCAAAAUAAUUGAUGUGUCCAAGGGCAUUGUGACUCUGACAUGGAAGCCACCAAAGAAUGAUGGCGGUGCACCUGUAACUCACUACAACAUUGAGCGUCUAUGGUGGGACAGCAGUGGAAACCAGCAAGAGUCCUGGAGACAGUGUAACCGCCGAGAUGUUGAUGCCACCACAUUCAAAGUAGAAGAUCUCCACCAGGGUGCUGAAUAUGAAUUCCGUGUUAAGGCUGUGAAUGAGGCUGGUGCCAGUAGACCCUCCUCCACAGCAGGACCCAUUAUUAUUAAGGACCAGAACAGGGUACCUGUUAUUGAGCUUCCAGAAUUCAUGGAGGUUGAACAGGGUGCAGAUAUUCAUAUUGUUGCUAAGAUUAAGGGCUGUCCAUUUCCGACACUCUCAUGGCAGAAGGCUCCUCCUCACAAAAGUGAAAACAGGAUUGAUGUUGAGUAUGAUGAGCACAUCAACAAACUUGUUUCUGACGAUAGCUGCACACUGCUAAUUCAGCAGGGCAAACGGUCAGAUACUGGCCUCUACACUCUUACUGCCAGCAAUAGCCUUGGCACCAUUUCCAAGGAAAUGAGGCUUAAUGUUUUAGGGCGUCCUGGGGCUCCAUCUGCACCCAUAAAAUUUGAGGAAAUUCGUGCUGAACAGAUAACGCUGUCAUGGCUGCCUCCUAAGGAUGAUGGUGGCUCCAAAAUUACAAACUACACUAUUGAGAGACGUGUUGCCAACAGGAAGACUUGGAUACCUGUUACUAGUGAACCCAAAGAGAGGAUGUUCACGGUCGAAAAUCUGAUGCCAGGCCAUGAGUACAUUUUCAGGAUUAGGGCUCAAAACAAAUAUGGCGUUGGUGAUCCUCUUGAUAGUGAACCUGAAGUAGCCAGAGAUGUGUUCAUGCCACCUGGCCAAUGUGACAAGCCAACACUUUCUAGCGUCACAAUAGACUCCAUGACUGUAAAUUGGGAAGAACCAGACUCAGAUGGAGGCACUCCAAUUACAGGCUACUGGCUUGAGCGUAAAGAAACCACAUCUAAACGUUGGAGCAGAGUAACCCGUGAUCCAGUCAGGCCCAUGCCACUUGGUAUAUCACACAGAGUAACAGGGCUCAUUGAGGGAUCUCAGUAUUUGUUUCGCGUGAUAGCAAUAAAUGCUGCAGGAUGUGGACCUCCAAGUGAGCCAUCUGAGCCAACAUUUGCUAGAGAUCCAAUAGCUCCUCCUUCACCACCAACCCCAAAAGUCACAGACUGGACUAAGACUACAGCAGACUUGGAAUGGAUACCACCUUUAAAGGAUGGAGGUUCAAAGAUAAUGGGCUACCAUGUUGAAUACAAGGAAGAGGGCACAGAAGCAUGGAUCAAGGCCAAAGACAAAGAAGUUAGAGGAACUAAAUUUGUGGUCACAGGACUGAAAGAGAAUGCAUUUUUUAAAUUUAGAGUUUUGGCAUUCAAUGCUGCAGGUCUGAGUGAACCAGGUGAAGUUGCUGAUGCUCUUGAAAUGAAGGACCGGAUAAUUUUGCCAGUCCUUGAGCUGGACAUAUCAGUAAAGGAGAAGAUGGUUAUUCAUGCAGGAGGUGUUAUUCGUAUCAUUGCGUAUGUAUCAGGCCAACCUCCACCUGUGAUAACAUGGAGCAGAGAUGGGUAUCCAGUCCCAUCAGAGGCUGUUAUUGAAACCACAUCAAUCAGCUGUUCCAUGGUGAUGAAAGAUUGCACUAGGGCACAGCGAGGAGUAUAUACAAUAACAGCCAAGAAUGAUGGAGGAGAAGUGAAGAAGUCUGUUAUUGUUGAUGUUCUUGAUAUCCCUGGUCCAGUGGGGGCACCAUUUACAGCAGAAAACCUUACAAGUGAUUCAUGCAAACUGAACUGGUUUUUCCCUGAUGAUGAUGGUGGAUCUGCUAUCUCCAACUACAAAAUUGAGAAACGUGAAGUCGAUCGCAAGGCUUGGACAUCUUGCUCCUAUACAGCUGGCAGACAAAAUGCUAUAGUAAAUAAUCUGGUGCUUAAAAAGGCAUAUUUUUUCAGAGUUGCAGCUGAAAAUGCAAUUGGAGUAGGUCCUUUCUGCCAAACAGCAUGUGAAAUUGUGAUUAAGGAUCGUAUUAAUGUUCCAGAACGGCCAGAAGAUCUUGAGGUGACUGCCAUCACCAAAGACUAUAUCAGUGUGACAUGGAAGCCACCUAAGUAUGAUGGAGGGUCUGAAGUGAUAUCCUAUAUUCUUGAGGCUCGCAUGAUUGGCAAAGACAAAUUUGUGAGACUGACCAAAGAUACGCUGAUGGAUAGAAAAUAUACUUAUGAUGGCCUUCGUGAAGGUGACACAUAUGAGUUCCGUGUCAGUGCAGUGAAUGAAGUUGGUCCAGGCAAACCAUCUUUCUCCACUAAGCCAAUUACAUGUAAAGAUGAACUUGAGCCCCCGACAAUUGAGCUGGACUUCCGUGAUAAGGUUGUCUUUCGUGUUGGUGAAAGCUGUGCACUCCAGGGACGGUAUACUGGAAAACCAGCACCAUCUGUCACCUGGUCAAGAGAUGAUAAGGAACUAAAAGCAGAUGACCACAUCAAGUUCAAAAAUACUACUACCACAAUGUGCCUGGGUAUUAUUAAAGCUCAGCGUGGACACAGUGGCAAGUACUGUGUGACAGUUGAAAACUGUACUGGUGCUCGUAAAGGCAUCUGUAAUGUCACAGUUGCAGAUCGUCCAUUGCCUCCAGAGGGCCCAGUUGUAUUUGAGGAAGUUCAUAGAGAUCAUAUGGUUAUUUCCUGGAAGCCCCCUCUUGAUGAUGGUGGAUGUGAAAUUUCUAACUACAUCAUUGAGAAGAGAGAUGUAAACAGGGACAUGUGGACAACUGUAACAUCUGCCACCACAAAAACCCACUGCAAAGUACCUAAACUUGUAGAGGGUCGUGAAUACAUCAUGAGAAUUAGUGCUGAGAACAUGUAUGGCAUAAGUGACCCACUGGAAUCAGAGGAGAUGAAAGCUAAAGAUCUAUUCAGGGUACCUGAGGCCCCUGAGCCACCCACUGUAAAAGACGUCUUCCAUGAUUCAGCACUGGUAAUUUGGAACCGUCCUCGUGAUGGUGGGAAGCCUAUCACAAACUAUAUAUUGGAGAGGAAGGAGCCCUCAGCUAAGAGAUGGUCUCGUGCAACCAGAGAUCCAAUCUACCCUGCUACACAGUAUAGGGUACAAGACCUCGUUGAAGGCUGUGAAUAUGAAUUCCGUGUAAUGGCAGAGAAUGAAAUUGGCACUGGAGAUCCUAGCCCACCCAGUAAACCUGUUCUUGCUAAGGAUCCCAUUGUUCAGCCAAGCCCACCUGUUUUGCCUGAAGCUGUUGACAAGACUAAAGAUUCUGUAAGUCUGUCAUGGCGUGUUCCUCGCCAUGAUGGUAAAGGAAAAAUAUUUGGUUACUUAAUUGAGUAUCAGAAGCCCGGUGCAAUCGAAUGGAUCCAGGCAAAUGAAACUCCUGAAUCAUGCCCAGACACCAAGUUUGUUGUGACAAAUUUACCAGAUGGUGGAGAACUUCUAUUCAGAAUUAUGGCUGUGAAUGCAUCUGGAAAAUCUGAGCCUGCUUAUGUCAAGGAUCCAGUGAAGGUUCACGACAGACUUGAGGAGCCAGAGUUGCUGUUAGAUGCCAAUAUGGCACGUGACCACCUUGCCAUGGUUGGGACAGACAUCACACUUAGUGCCAAAUUUAAGGGCAUGCCAAUUCCAACUGUCUCUUGGAAAAAGAAUGAUGGUGAUGUUCCUGCUCAUUGUCUUACUGAGGUCACAGCAAGUGGAAGCAAACUUCACAUUAAGAAGUGUACCCGUGCUGACUCUGGCAAUUAUACAAUCACUGUCCAAAAUGCAGCUGGAACGAAAUCUGCUACAUGCACUGUUCUUGCUCUUGAUAAACCUGGACCACCAAGGAAUUUUAAAAUCUCUGAAGUCACAAGUGAGUCAGCUUACCUGACAUGGCAAAAGCCAGAAGAUGAUGGUGGUGCCGUGAUCUCCCACUAUGUUGUGCAGAAGAAAGAUGUAGCAGCUGAGAACUGGGUUCCAGUUUGUGCUGCAUGUAAAAAGAUUAGCCUUAUGGCUCAAUAUCUGAUGGAGGGAAUUCAGUAUCUUUUCAGAGUUGCAGCUGAGAAUCAGUUUGGCAGGAGUGCAUUUGUUGAAACCACCAAACCUAUCAAGGCCAUUGAUCCACUUUAUCCUCCUGGUCCACCGAAGAAUCUGCAUCAUGUGGAUGCAGACAAAACUGAAGUAUGGCUUCAGUGGGAGUGGCCUGAUCGCACAGGUGGAAGUGAGAUCACUGGAUUUAUUGUUGAGCAUCAAGAAGAAGGUUCCACCGAUUGGGUGACCUUCAAGACUGUCAGCAAUCCUCUGUGCCAUGUUACUGGACUUGUGGAGGGUAAAACAUACAGAUUCCGUGUAAAAUCACAAAAUGCAAUUGGCAUUAGCCGACCAGACACCAGUGUGCCAAUUACUUGUCAGGAAAAAACAUUGGCUCCAACUAUUGAAGUUGAUGUGAAGCUUAUUGAGGGUCUUGUGGUGAAAGCUGGCAGUACAAUCGUCCUCCCAGCGGUUAUGCAAGGAAUUCCAACUCCAACAGCCAAGUGGCAAAGUGAAGGAAAUGAGCUUAAAACUGAGGGCAAAUUUAAGAUUGUUACUGAAGGAAAUUCAACUGUAUUGACUAUUAGUGAAUGUGUCAGAACUGACAGCGGAGAGUAUGGUCUUACUGUGGUAAACCCUGCUGGAAGCAAGUCUGUUGCUCUACAUGUUACAGUCCUUGAUGUUCCAUCUGCUCCAGUUGGUCCCAUAAAUAUCCUUGAGGUUACACCUGAUCAUAUGAUAAUCCAGUGGAGGGCGCCAAAAGAUGAUGGUGGCACUCCUUUGAUGAACUAUAUUGUAGAGAAGAAGGAUGUCAAGAAGCCUUGGGAGCCGUGGUCAGUUGUGAGUUCUGGAAGUGCAAGCACAAAGGCCAAAGUCCCACGUUUGGAGAAGGGACGUGAAUAUAUUGUACGUGUACGUGCUGAGAAUAAAAUUGGCAUUGGUGCUGGUCUUGAAAGUCCUCCAACUAUUGCGAAGCAUAUGUUUGAUCCACCAGGUCCUCCUGGCCAACCAACAUGUUCUGACAUAACAGAAAAUGCUGUAACAGUGUCAUGGACUGAACCAGAAACUGAUGGUGGAAGCCCUGUGAGUGGCUACAUUGUUGAGCGCAGGGAGAUGACUGGUAAAUGGAUUCGUGUCAAUAAAACACCAGUCUUGGAUGUAAGAUACAGGGUCUGUGGUUUGUUUGAGGGCAAUAGCUAUGAAUUCAGAAUCUUUGCUGAAAAUGUUGCUGGUGUAAGUGAGCCUUCAUAUCCAUCAGACCCAAUAAAAGCUAAACGUCCAAUUACUCCUCCAGGGCCUCCAAGUAACAUUAAACUAAAAGACUGGAGCAAGUCAUAUGCAGAUUUGGUAUGGACCAAACCUUCCAGAGACGGUGGCAGCCCCAUCCUAGGCUAUGUUGUUGAAUGUCAGAAAUCAGGUUCUGCACAGUGGGAUAGAAUAAACAAGGAUCUUAUCAAGUUUUGUGCAUUUAGAGUGCCUGGACUUAGCGAAGGCACAGAGUACAGAUUUCGUAUUAGAGCCUCAAACAAGGUUGGAGAUGGCGAGCCAAGAGAACUCACAGAAACUGUGCUUGCCAAAGACAUUCUCGUUCCCCCUGAUGUGACUGUUGAUGUUGCUUGCCGUGACCUUCUAACAGUUAGAGCAGGGCAAAUCAUCAACCUUGUAACCCGUGUUAAGGGCAGACCUGACCCUGAAAUCACUUGGACUAAAGAUGCAAGAGUUGUAGGGAGAGACAAACGCACUGAGAUGAAUAAUAACUUCCCUCUUGUUGAGCUGGUAAUUCAGGAAGCUGUUAGAGCUGAUUACGGAAAAUAUGCAAUUCAAGCAAAGAAUAGCAGUGGUCAAGCACAAGCUACAAUUAUUGUCAAUGUUCUUGAUAUUCCAGGAGCCUGUCAGAAUUUGAAAGUUGCUUAUGUGACUAAAGACUCGUGUAUGGUUUCUUGGGAAAAUCCAGAGGAUAACGGUGGCACUGAAAUUACUAAUUAUAUAAUUGAGUGCAGACAACCAAGUCAAAGAGGAUGGACUGUUGUGUCUUCUGACUGUACCAAACGACUUCUCAAAGCUCCACUUGUCCAGAAUUGUGAAUAUUUCUUCCGUGUGAGUGCAGAGAAUAAAAUUGGAGCUGGUCCACCAACAGAGACAAAAGCACCAGUCCUUGCUGUUGAUCCAGUUGAGAAACCUGGUGAGCCAGAGAACUUCCAAAUCGCUGAAAUAGGCAAGACAUUUGUGUUUCUCAAGUGGAAGAAACCAGAAUAUGAUGGUGGUAGUCGCAAUCUUGCUUACCAUAUUGAAAAGAAGCCUAAAGAAGCAGAUGAAUGGGAAAGAUUACACAAAGGUGCUAUAAAGGAAACAUUUUUCAUGGCUGACAGAUGCAUUGAGAACCAAAUUUAUCAAUUUAGAGUUCAAACGAAGAAUGAGGGAGGAGAGAGUAACUGGGUGACAACAGCUGAAGUUCUCGUAAAAGAGGAACUUGUACAGCCAGAGCUCAAAGUCAAACUGGAGGGUGUUCUUGUUGUUAAAGCUGGAGAUGCUGUUCCAAUAGAGGCAGAUCUUAUAGGUAAACCUCAGCCCGAUAUAAAAUGGUCUAAAGAGGGAGACAAUGCAGAUAUCAUGAAAAGCCCACGAAUACAAAUUGAAACUGGCACCAAUUUCACAAAGUUCCUGCUUACAAAUUCAAGACGCAGAGAUACCGGAAAAUACAUUAUUACUGCAACAAAUGCUGCUGGAACCUGCUCUGCUGAGGCCAAGGUGAAUGUUCUUGACAGACCAGGUCCUAUAAGAGACCUGAAAGUGUCAGACAUUUCUGUAGACAGAUGCAAGCUUACAUGGGAGAUACCAGAGGAUGAUGGUGGUUGUGAAAUCUAUAACUACAUCAUAGAAAAAUGUGAGACAAAGAGAGGUGUAUGGUCAAUUCAUUCAGCAGCUAUUAUUACCAAUUCAGCUAAAGUUACUCGCCUAAUUGAAGGAAAUGAAUACAUCUUCCGAGUAAGAGCUGAGAACAAGAUGGGUGCUGGUCCUGCUGUUGAAACUGAGUCCAUUGUUGCAAGGACACAGUUCAGCAGACCAGGUGCACCUGAUGCUCCAGAAGUUACCAAAAUUACAAAAGAUGAAAUGGUUGUUAUGUGGUGUUCUCCUGAUAAUGAUGGUGGAAAACCUAUAACUGGUUAUAUUCUCGAGAAAAAAGAAGAGCAUGCCAUUCGGUGGGCCCCUGUUGUUAAGUCCCCAAUUGCAGGAACACAGAUGACUGUUACAGGUUUACUGCCUAAUCAUGAAUACCAGUUCCGUGUCAAAGCUGAAAAUGAAAUUGGAGUUGGAGAUGCAAGCAAGCCAUCCAGAUCAUUCACUGCAAGAGAUCCAGUUGAGCCUCCUGGUCCUGUUAGCAACUUAAAGGUGGCUGACAGCUCAAAGACAUCAAUUACUCUUGCAUGGACAAAGCCUUCAUAUGAUGGAGGUGCUCCUCUUAUUGGAUAUGUUGUUGAGCUAAGAGUAAAGGGAACAGGCAAAAAGGGGGAUGAAGGCUGGAAAAGGUGCAAUGUUGCUGCCCAGUUGAUCGGAACAGAAUUCACUGUCUCAAGCCUGGAUGAGAAGCUUGAAUAUGAAUUCCGUGUUUCUGCCCAAAAUCAGGUUGGCUUGAGUCAGCCAACUAACCUUGGGGCAGUUGUGACACCAAGGGAAGUCUUGGAGGCCCCUGAGAUUGAUUUGGAUGCAGAACUGAAGAAAGGUGUGACUAUUAGAGCUGGCUGCCCAAUUAGAUUAGUUGCAACAAUUAGAGGCAGACCCGCUCCCAAGGUCUUAUGGAGGAGGAUGGGCAAAGAUAACGUUGUUCAGAAGGGCCAUGUUGAUCUCAUUGAUACCAUGACAUUCCUUGUUAUCUCUGAAACCACUCGUGAUGAUUCAGGCAAAUAUUCAUUGACUGUAUCCAGUCCAGCUGGAGAGAAGGCAGUGUUUGUGAAUGUCAAAGUUCUUGAUACGCCUGGACCUGUUGUUGGUCUCGAGGUUGCUGACAUCACAAUGUCAUCUUGCAAUCUCACAUGGUCUCCACCUGAAAAUGAUGGUGGCAGUAACAUCACUCAUUACAUCGUUGAAAAACGAGAAAUAGAUCGCAAGACAUGGGCAACAGUCAAAGCUAAUGUUGAUAACACCACAUUUAAAGUUACCAAUCUCGUCCCAGGAACAGAGUAUUACUUCAGGAUCAUUGCUGUAAAUGAGUAUGGUUCUGGGGUCCCAAAGGUUACAGCAAAAUCCUAUCUGGCCUCUGAUCCUAUUAGCAAGCCUGACCCACCACAAAAGGUUGAUGUUCUGGAGAUUACAAAGAACAGUGCAACCGUGGGAUGGGUGAAACCAAUGCGUGAUGGUGGAGCUAAAAUUGAUGGCUAUAUUAUUGACUAUCUUGAGCUUCCGAUGCCUAAACCUCCCAAGACACCAGUGGCAGCUGAAGGUGAGGCUGAGCCUGGGGUGGAGCCAGUGGCUUCACCUCCACCUGAACCUGUCGUGGAGGAAGAGAAGGAGGAGAAAAAGGAGGAAUGGACACCUUACACAAUAGUAAAAGAUUUGAGCAUUUCUGUUGCUGGAUUAAAGGAGGGAAGAAAAUAUCGCUUCAGAGUGGCAGCAAGAAAUGCCAUGGGAUCCAGUCUUCCCACAGAAACCAGAGAAGCUUAUGAGAUCAAGGAGCAAAUGUUGGAGCCCAAAAUAAUCAUGCCUGAGCUUGUCACUGCAAAAGCAGGAGCAAAACUGAGGGUUGAGGCUCUUGUAUCUGGAAAGCCAGCACCAACAUGCCAAUGGAAACGGGGAGAAAAUAAUGUAGUCCCAUCAAGCCGCCUUGCUGUGCACAAAUCUCAAAACAUGUGCGUGCUCAUCAUUAAGGAUGUUUCAAGACAAGACAGUGGUGAAUACAGCCUUGUUGCUGAGAACAACACUGGAAAAGUUGAUCAGACUUUGAAAAUCAUCAUCAGAGAUAUUCCUGGACCACCUGAGCCACCAUUUGAAAUCAGUGACAUAGAUUCUGAUGCCUGCACACUCUCUUGGAACAAACCUAGUGAAGAUGGUGGUAGCAAUAUCACUAAUUAUGUUGUUGAGAAGUGUGAUGUAAGCAGAGGUGACUGGGUUACUGCUCUUUCCAGCUGUGGGAAAGCUGGCUGCAGAAUUGGAAAGCUUAUUCCUGGAAAGGAAUAUGUUUUCCGUGUUCGUGCUGAGAACAGAUUUGGUAUUUCAGACCCACUUACAUCUGAAAGGAUGGUUGCUAAGUUCCCCUUCGAUGUUCCUGGUGAACCUUUGAACUGCCGCAUCAACAAGGUGAACAAGGACUGCAUGUUUGUAGCAUGGGAUAAGCCAGAGUCUGAUGGUGGCAGUCCAAUUACUGGAUACUACAUUGAACGCAAAGAGAGGAACAGUCUUCUUUGGGUCAAGGCUAAUGAUUCUGUCGUUCGCACAACUGAAUAUCCUUGUGCUGGCCUAAUUGAGGGUCUGGAAUACACUUUCAGAGUGUCUGCUAUAAACCGAGCCGGACAGGGCAAACCAAGCAAGAAAACUGAGUUUAUUACAGCAAGAACACCUGUUGAUGCUCCUGGAAAACCAGAGGUGCUUGAUGUGACUAAGAACUCAGUUACAUUGGUUUGGACUAAACCAAAGAAUGAUGGUGGAAGCAAGAUAAUUGGAUACUAUGUUGAAGCGAUGAGGCUUCCAGGAGACACCUGGGUGCGUUGCAACACAAGUAGUCAAAAUGUGCCUCGUGAGGAGUACACUGCAACUGGGUUAGAAGAGGGUGCUAAGUACCAGUUUAGGGUAAUUGCCAAGACAGCAGUUAACAUUAGCAGGCCCUCUGAAAUCACUGACCCCAUUCUGGUGUCUGCAGAAAAUGUACCUCCAAGAAUAGAGCUUUCUAUACAGAUGAAAAAGAUGUUGCCAGUAAAGGCUGGAUCGGAUGUUUGCCUUGAAGCUGAGGUUUUUGGCAAACCAAUGCCCAAGGUUACAUGGAGCAAGAAUGGAGAAGUGUUGAAAGCUGACAAAGAAUUUAAGAUGUCUCAAAAGAGACACCUCUUUUCUCUGAGCCUUGAUGCAGUUACUAAACUCCAUGCUGCAAGUUAUGGAAUUCUUGCAGUAAAUGCAAGUGGUUCUACAACUGCAGAAAUACAACUCAAAGUUUUAGAUAUACCUGGCCCACCAGCCUCUAUCAAGUUUGAUGAGGUACUUUCAGAGCAGAUCAGGUUGAGCUGGGAGGCUCCACUUGCUGAUGGUGGUUCUCCAAUUACAAAUUAUGUUGUUGAUAAACGUGAGACAAGUAGGGCUAACUGGGCCCAAGUUUCUGCUAAAAUUAGUGGUGAUACAAAAGAAUGUUUAGUGGAGAGACUGAUUGAGGGGCAAGAAUAUCAGUUCCGGAUUCGUGCUGAGAACCGCUAUGGUACUGGUGAUGGCAUUGUAUCGGACCCUGUCGUUGCAAGGAACCCCUUUACUGUUCCUGGAGCAUGUGACCCACCGGUCCUUACAAACAUCACAAAGGAGCGUAUGACUGUAAGCUGGAAGGAACCAUCUGAUGAUGGAAAAUCCCCUAUCCUCGGAUACAUGGUUGAGAAACGUGAGACCAAGGAAAUUAACUGGACCAAACUGAACAGAAAACCCUUGCUGGAGAGAACACUUGAGGUUGCAGGCCUCUCUGAGGGAGCUCAGUAUGAGUUUAGAGUCAUUGCUGUUAACAAAGCUGGCUUUGGCAAACCUAGUGAUCCAUCAAAUGCCACCUCUGCUCUUGAUCCUCUGUAUCCUCCAGGCCCACCUAUUUCUCCCAAAGUUAUAGACACGACCAGCAGCACCAUUAGACUAACUUGGACUAAGCCUGCAAAUGAUGGUGGUACUGAAAUUUUAGGAUACCUUGUCGAAUGCAAGAGAACUAAAACAACAGACUGGAUAAGAUGCAAUGUACCCAAGAACCUUCAGGAUACAAAUUAUGUUGUGACUGGACUCUUGGAGAACUCAGAGUACCAACUUCGUGUUACUGCUGUAAACAAAGUUGGAUUCAGCCAGCCUUGUGAAGUUCCUGAAAAACAUGUUGCCAAAGAUGUUUUUGCUGCUCCUGAGGCUGAGCUAGACGCAGAGCUGAAGGACACUGUGGUUCUGACAGCUGGCAGUAAAAUGAAACUUCAUGCCAUAAUUAAGGGUCGUCCAAUUCCCAGAGUGACCUGGGCCAAGAUGAAUACCAACAUUAAGGACAGACAUGGAAUAUUAAUCAAGACAACAGACACUGACACAUUGGUUUAUGUUGAUAAAGUCAAUAGAUAUGAUGCAGGGAAAUACAUUCUUAAUCUUGACAGUGUAAGCGGAAUGAAGAUGUACACAGUUAUUGUCAAGGUCCUUGAUACUCCUGGACCUCCACUGAAUCUGAUGGUAAAAGAGACAUCAAAAGACAGUGCCUCCAUCCUAUGGGACGCACCUCUAAUUGAUGGUGGAAGUGAGAUUACAGGUUACAUUGUAGACAAAAGAGAUGCAGAAAGGAAAGCAUGGUCAAAUGUCUCAACUACUUGCACUAAAACGUCUUUCAAGAUUGAUGGUUUAGAGGCUGGUAGAUCUUAUUGUUUCAGGGUUCUGGCUCAAAAUCAGUAUGGCAUUGGUGAGCCAUGUGAAACUGUGGAUUCUGUUAGAGCUUCUGAACAACCUGGACCAGUUAUGGACUUUAAGACCUUGCUGGUAACCAAGGACUCUUGUACUCUUUCCUGGAAAAAGCCCAUCAGUGAUGGAGGAAGCCGCAUCAUUGCAUAUGUGCUAGAAGUACUUAAUGGAGAAGACAAAUGGAAGGAGCUUCUUAGAUCAAAGAACAUGCAAUAUAGUGCAAAGGACCUUGUUGAAGGAAGGGAAUACAAAUACAGAGUCAAAGCAACAAAUGAUUCUGGUGAUGGUCCUGUAAAAGAACUCUCUGUGAUUGCAAAAGAUGUCAAUGUUCUUCCGAGCUGUGACUUGUGAGAGUUGCCUAACCUGAAUUAUAUUGCAAAAGAAGCAAGUACCGUUCGUCUCAAGAUUCCUAUUAGUGGAAAGCCUGUUCCUGUUAUCACAUGGAAAAAGGGAGAGGAUGAAAAUCUCACAGACACAGGAAGAGUGUGUGUAGAAUCAACGGCCGUAAACACAACUCUUCUGAUACGUGACUGCCAAAGGACAGAUGCAUCAAAAUACACUAUCACUCUUCGCAAUGCUGCUGGAACAAAAGAGUCCACAAUAUUUGUCAGAGUUGUUGGCAAACCAGGAACUCCAGCUGCACCAAUAAAAUUCAAGGAAGUGACUGCAGAUGGUGCAACCUUAAAAUGGGGUGUUCCUAAAGACGAUGGUGGAUCAGAAAUUACCAACUACAUUCUUGAGAAACGUGACUCCAUUACUAACAUGUGGGUUACUGUGUCUUCAUCUGUGGAUACAAACACUUUCAGAGUGACUGGUCUCCAUGAGGGAACUGAAUACAUCUUUAGGGUCAGUGCAGAAAACAAAUAUGGAAUUGGCGAGGGCCUCAAAUCAGACCCUAUGGUUGCCAAGCAUCCAUUCAAUGUCCCAGAUUCCCCUCCACCCCCUCAAGUUAUGAGUAUGGGUCAUGAUUCAGCAACCCUUACAUGGUUUGAUCCAAGGAAAACUGGAGGCUCACCAAUCACAGGUUACCAUGUCGAAUUCAAAGAAAGAAACAGCAUGUUAUGGAAAAGAGCAAACCCGACUGCUUUGAAGAUGAGAGAUUUUAAAGUAACAGGCUUAACAGAGGGUCUAGAAUAUGAGUUCAGAGUUAUGGCUAUUAAUCUGGCAGGUGUUGGUAGACCAAGUCCUGCCACUGACCCAAUGGUUGCCUUGGAUGCAAUUGAUACACCUGGCAAACCUGAUGUGAUUAGCAUUACUAGAAGCAGUGUAACACUCCAGUGGACUGAGCCUCAAUAUGAUGGUGGACACAGGCUUACAGGCUACAUUGUUGAGAGACGUGAUCUCCCAGCCAAGGUCUGGGUGAAAGCUAAUACAGUAAAUGUUGUGGAAUGUGCAUAUACUGUAGCAGACCUGCAAGAAGGUUGCAAAUAUGAAUUUAGAAUCAGAGCAAAGAAUGCAGCUGGAGCAAUAAGUCCACCCUCUGAACAAACUGAUACCCUUGUGUGCACGGAUGAAUAUGCGGCACCAACUAUUAUAAUUGAUCCAACAGUAAAGGAGGGCCUAACUGUCAGAGCUGGAGAUACUAUUGUAAUUACUGCAACAAGCAUUCUGGGCAAACCUCAGCCAAACUCUGUGUGGUCAAAGGGAGGAAAGUAUUUCAAGCCAUCAGAUGUGUGCCAAAUAGAAACUACACCUUCUUCUUCUACUCUUUAUAUCAAGUAUGCAAGUAGGAAGGAUUCGGGAGAGUACACAAUUACAGCAAGUAACCCAUUUGGUGUGAAAGAAGAAAAUGUGAAAGUAACAAUUUUAGAUGUUCCUGGUCCACCAGGGCCAGUUGAAGCAAGUGGCAUUUCAUCUGAAAAGGUCACUUUGACAUGGUCACCACCUCAUGAGGAUGGGGGAUCUCCAAUUAAAUACUAUACUUUGGAGAAAAGAGAAACAAGUCGUCUCCUUUGGACUAUUCUUGCUGAAAAUGUUAUUGACUGCCACUUUGUGGCCAAUAAACUUAUCCAGGGAAAUGAGUACAUCUUCCGAGUUUCUGCUGUCAACGGUUCUGGAGCUGGUGAUGCUUCCCAUUCUGAACCAGUGAAAAUGGUGGAUAGCUAUGGUCCCCCUGGUCCACCAGCUAAACCAGAAGUUGAAAAUGUUGGAGGAAAUUCUGUUACCAUUGCCUGGAAAAGACCAGCUGAUGAUGGUGGAAGUGAUAUAAUAGGCUACAUGGUUGAGAGGAAAGAAAAGAAGGGCAUGAGAUGGACACGGGCAUCAAAGAAAACAAUUGCUGACCUCCACUUUGAAGUGAAAGGGUUAAAAGAGGGAGUUGAAUAUGAAUUCAGAGUAACUGCUGAGAAUAGGGCUGGUUUUGGUGAGCCAAGUGAACCUUCAAUGCCAGUAAGGACAAAGCUUGUUGCAGAUGUACCUGGCCCUCCAGUCAACCCAAGAGUCACUGACACAACAAAAACUACAGCUGAAUUGCAUUGGGGCAAACCACUUAGCGAUGGUGGCAUGGAAGUCACAGGAUACCUUGUUGAGCACAAAAAGGAAGGAGAAGAAGAAUGGGUAAAAGAUACAGCUACACCCUUGAGGAUCACUGAGUUUGUUGUGCCCAAUUUGCAAGCUGGAGUAAAAUAUAAUUUCAGAAUUUCUGCAAUGAAUGCAAUGGGUGUUAGUGAACAAGCACAAACAGAGGAUCUUGUUGAAAUUGUGGAACGUGAAGAAAUCCCUGACUUAGACCUAGAUGUAGAACUCAGAAGAACGUUAGUUGUUAGGGCAGGUGCAUCUAUUCGUUUAUUUAUUCCUAUUAAAGGACGCCCAACCCCUACAGUGACUUGGACAAAAGAGGAUUCACCAUUGAAAACUCGAGCAAUUAUUGACAAUACUGAAUCCUAUACGCUGUUAGUCAUUCCAGACUGUAAUAGACGUGAUGCAGGAAAAUAUGAUUUAACAUUAGAAAAUGCUGCUGGAAAGAAGACUGCUUCUGUGGUUGUAAGGGUUUUGGACUCCCCUGGUCCUCCCCUUAAUCUGAAACCAAGAGCAAUUGACAAAGAAAGCAUUACAUUGGAAUGGGAAAUGCCUCUUAUUGAUGGAGGUGCUAAAAUUACUAAUUACAUCAUUGAGAAGAGAGAAUCUACUCGCAAGGCAUAUACUGCUGUGAUCACACAAUGUGAAACGUGCUCCGUCAGAGUUCCUGAUCUGGCAGAGGGUUUGGAGUAUUAUUUCAGAGUUUCUGCUGAAAAUGAGUAUGGCAUUGGUGAAGCAGUUGAAACUCCAGACCCAAUCAGAGUAUCUCAAGCCCCGACUCCACCAGAAAAUGUCACUUUUACGGAUGUCACGAAGAGCUCAGCUGGUCUUGCAUGGACUAAGCCAAAGCAUGAUGGUGGAAGUAGGGUUACUGGGUAUGUAAUUGAAGCACAAAAGAAAGGAACAGACCAGUGGGCCCAUGUGACAACUGUGAAAACUUUGGACUUUACUGUAAAAAACCUUAAUGAAAAUGAAGAGUACAUAUUCCGUGUAAUGGCAGUGAACAGUUCUGGGCGAAGUGGUCCUCGUGUAAGCAAGCCUGUAGUUAUCAAAGAACAAAAUUCAGAACCAGAAUUUGAUCUCCGUGGUGUGUGUCAGAAAACAGUUAUUGCCAAGGCUGGCGAUAAUAUAAAGGUUGAGGUGCCUGUUUCUGGACGUCCUAAGCCUACAGUUUCUUGGCAAAAAGACAAUCAAGCCCUCAAAUUAACACAAAGGACAAUGAUUGAAAAUACCUCUACCUCAACUAUCUUGAUCAUAAAUGAAUGUUUAAGAAGUGACAGUGGAAUAUACUCAAUGACAGGAAAGAACAUUGUGGGCUCAGUUACAGAUAAUAUCACAGUAAAAGUGCAUGAUGUGCCUGGUCCACCAAAGGGACCAAUUAAAUUGGACAAAAUAUCUCGUACUUUCAUUGAGUUCUCAUGGGAAUCUCCUGAAAAUGAUGGAGGUGUACCAAUCAAUAACUAUAUAGUAGAAAUAAGGGAAACAACUAGUCAGACAUGGGUAGAACUCUCUUCAUUGAUUAUUCGUACAACAUUUAAAGCAACUCGUUUAACAACAGGAACUGAGUAUCAAUUCCGUGUUAAGGCCAAAAACAGAUAUGGUACAGGGCCUCCAUUAACAUCAGAGGCAGUGGUUGCUGCAUAUCCAUUUAAAGUACCUGGGCCACCUGGAACACCCAAAGUUGCCGCUUUCACUAAGGACACUAUGACAAUUGGUUGGAAUGAGCCUGUUUCUGAUGGUGGAAGCGAGGUCAUUGGUUACCAUGUUGAAAGGAAAGAGAGGAACAGUAUUGUUUGGCAUAGAAUUAGCAAGGCACUUGUGAUUGGAAAUCUGUUCAAAUCCACAGGACUAGAGGAUGGUGUGGCAUAUGAAUUCCGUGUGAUUGCUGAAAACAUAGCUGGAAUUGGAAAACCAAGCAAAGCUUCAGAACCAAUGCUUGCUCUUGACCCAGUGGAUCCACCUGGUCAACCUGUCCCAAUCCAUGUGUCUAAAAAUGCCAUCACAAUUCAGUGGACAAAGCCAGAGUAUGACGGAGGAUUCAAGAUUACUGGCUAUACUGUGGAAAAGAGAGAUCUUCCAGCUGGACGCUGGAUGAGAGCUAACUUUACAAAUAUCAUUGAAACCACUUUUACUAUAAGUGGUCUAACACAAGACGAAUCUUAUGAAUUCCGUGUACUUGCAAGAAAUUCUGCUGGUGCUGUCAGUAUCCCAUCAGACCCAUCAGAUCCGAUUAUUUGCAAAGAUGACAUUGAAGAACCAAGAAUUAUGGUUGAUGCUAAAUUUAAAGAUAUUGUCCUUGUCAAAGCCGGAGAGGUGUUCAAACUUGAAGCUGAUGUUGCAGGCCAGCCACUGCCAUCUAUGGUUUGGACGAAAGAUGGAAAAGAUGUUGAAAACACAUCCAAACUACAGAUCAAAAUGACAGAACUUGCAGCUGUCUUGAUCAACAAGGAUUCUGUCAGAAGGGAUGGUGGUGAAUUUAUUUUGACAGCAACAAAUGUUGGUGGCUUUGCUAAGCACGUUUUCAAUGUAAAGGUUCUUGACAGACCAGGACCACCUAAAGGACCUCUGGCAGUUUCCGAUAUUACAGCUGAAAAAUGUGUGCUAACAUGGAAUCCACCUGCAGAUGAUGGCGGUGCAAACAUCGAACAUUAUGUCAUUGAAAAACGUGAGUCAAGCAGACUUGCAUGGACAAAUGUGGCGUCAGAAUUGCAGGUUAAUCAGUACCAAGUGACAAAGCUGCUCAAAGGAAAUGAAUACAUUUUUAGAGUUAUGGCUGUUAACAAGUAUGGUGUUGGAGAACCUCUUGAAUCUGAAGCAAUUAUUGCAGAAAAUCCAUAUGUACGACCAGAUCCUCCACAAACACCUGAGAUAACAGCGGUCACUAAGGAUUCAGUAGUCCUCUGUUGGGGUGCACCUGCUAGUAAUGGUGGAAGUGAAAUCACCAACUAUCGUAUUGAGAAAAGAGACAGGAUUAGUUUGCGUUGGGUAAAAUGCAACAAGAGGAAUGUUACUGAACUGCAUUUCAAGGUUACUGCUCUUGUUCCAGGCCAUGAAUAUGAGUUCAGAGUUUCUGCUGAAAAUGCAGCUGGAAUAAGUGAACCAAGUCCUUCAUCACCAUUUGUUAAGACCACAGAUACCCUUUUCAAGCCAGGCCCCCCUGGCAACCCAAGAAUCCUAGACACAACAAGUUCUUCGAUUACACUUGCAUGGAACAAACCAGUUUAUGAUGGUGGUUCUGAAAUUACUGGAUAUGUUCUUGAGACUAGUCAACCUGGAUCAGAAGAGUGGACAAUUGUCUCCCCUAAAGAUGGUGUAAAGGGGACAUCAUUUACAAUUACAAAUCUUAAAGAAAAUCAGGAAUAUGAAAUCAAUGUGUCGGCUGUAAACUGCGAGGGUAUUGGAGAAGCAGCACCUGUACCAGGUUCACCUAAAGCAGAGGAACGACUCAUAACACCAGAGGCUGACCUUGAUGCUGAACUUCGUAAAAUUGUGAACAUCAGAGCAUGCAAUACACUUAGACUUUUUGUGCCAAUUAGAGGUAGACCAACACCAGAGGCCAAAUGGUCAAGAGAGAAUGAUGAACCUUUAGACAGGGCUACAAUUGAAACAACGUCAUCUUUUACAUCACUGGUUGUUGCCAAUGUAAAUAGAUUUGACAGUGGCAAAUACAAUUUGACUGUAGAAAACAGUUCUGGAACAAAAACGGUUGCUGUAAUAGUUAGAGUUCUAGAUACACCUGCAGCUCCACAAAACUUGAAAAUAAGCCAGGUUACUAAAGAAUCUGUUUCCCUUGUUUGGGAUCCUCCACUUAAUGAUGGUGGCACAAAAAUUAAGAAUUAUAUUGUUGAGAAGCGUGAGGCUACAAGAAAGGCAUAUGCUACAGUAAAUGCCAAUUGUCACAAAACUACUUACACGGUCGACCAGCUUCAAGAAGGAUGCAACUACUAUUUUAGAGUUCUGGCAGAAAAUGAAUAUGGCAUUGGCCUCCCUAUGGAGACUGGUGAAUCUGUUAAGGUGUCUGAGAAACCACUUCCUCCUGGCAAGAUUAUACUUCAGGAUGUCACAAAGACAAGUGUGACAUUAUCAUGGGAAAAGCCUGAACAUGAUGGAGGAAGCAGAGUGGUUGCAUAUGUUGUAGAGAUGCAGAGCAAAGGGAGUGAAAAAUGGACACAAGCUGUGAUUGUCAAAGUACCUGAAGCAUCUAUUACUGGACUUGUACCUGGCGAGGAGUAUAUGUUCCGUGUUUCUGCAAGGAAUGAAAAGGGAACCAGCGAUCCUCGUCAAAUUGGUGUACCAGUGAUUGCCAAGGACCUUGUAAUGGCUCCAUCUGCUAAGAUGUUGUUCUCCACAUUCAGUGUCCUGGCAGGAGAGGAUUUGACAAUUGAUAUUCCAUACAAUGCUCGUCCCAAAGCGACCAUUUCAUGGUUAAAGGAAGCAAUUCCCCUUAAACGAACAACCAGAGUUAACUUUUCCUCUACUGAUACGCAGCUGAAUUUAGUAAUCAAAGAGGCCUGUAGAGAUGACGUUGGCCAGUAUAGCAUUAAACUAUCAAAUACAGCUGGUGAGACAAAAGUAGAUAUUAGCAUUGUUGUUCUUGACAAACCUGGUCCACCAACAGGCCCUGUUAAAGUUGAUGAAGUAACAUCUGACAGUGUUACCAUUUCUUGGAAGCCACCAGAGUAUGCCGGAGGCUGCACCAUUAAUAACUACCUAGUAGAAAAGAGGGACACAUCCACAACUAAUUGGCAGAUUGUAGCAGGAAAUCUAGCAAGAACUCAAAUUAAGGCAGGAAGACUGAAGACAGGAUCUGAAUAUCAAUUCAGAAUUACAGCAGAGAACAGAUAUGGCAAAAGCCCUCUGCUUGUGUCUGAAUGUGUGGUUGCACAGUACCCGUAUAAACUACCAGGCCCUCCUGGAACACCUUUCUUGCAGUCUUCCACAAAAGAUACUAUGGUGAUAGUGUGGAAUGAGCCUGUCAUCGAUGGUGGAAGCACAAUCUUAGGAUAUCAUCUUGAGCGAAAAGAGAGAAAUAGCAUUCUUUGGAUGAAAUUAAAUAAAAGCAUAAUCCAAGACACAACUUUCAAGACAACAGGUCUUGAAGAAGGCAUGGAAUAUGAAUUCAGAGUUUAUGCUGAAAACAUUGUCGGCACAGGGAAGGCUAGUAAGAUCUCAGAGGGCUAUAUUGCCAGAGAUCCUUGUGAUCCCCCUGGAACACCAGAAGUGGUUAGAAUCACAAAACAAACAAUCGCAAUUGCAUGGACCAAGCCAGAGUAUGAUGGUGGAAGCAAAGUCACUGGAUAUAUUGUAGAAAAGAAAGAAUUGCCUGCAGGACGCUGGAUGAAAGCAAACUUCACCAAUAUUAUAGAAACUGAAUAUAUUGCAACAGGUCUUACUGAGGACGAGAAAUACGAGUUUCGGGUUAUUGCAAGAAAUGCUGCUGGAGUUUUCAGUGAUCCUUCAUAUAGUACUGGACCUAUCGUGGCAAAGGAUGAGAUUGAACCACCACAUAUCAGCAUAGAUCCAGAGUACACUCAAACUAUUGUUGUAAAUGCAGGGGACAACUUCAAGAUUGAUGCAGAUAUUCAUGGAAAACCAACACCAUCAAUCUGUUGGAUGAAGGAUGAGCAGGGACUUGGAAACACCAUAUCUCGUGAAAUUAAAAGCACAGAUAGCUAUACCUGUUUGACUGUAAAGGAGGCCAAACUUGCUGAUGGAGGCCAAUAUACUCUACUGCUGCAAAAUCCUGGAGGAGAGAAGACUGUACAAGUAAAUAUUUGUGUUCUAGAUAAGCCUGGGCCACCAGAGGGACCCAUCUCUAUUACUGGUGUAACCAGUGAACAGUGUUGUCUUGCUUGGAAACCACCUAAACAAGAUGGUGGCAGCAAAAUAAGCCAUUAUAUUGUUGAAAAAAGAGAGACUAGCAGACUACUUUGGACAGUUGUUGAACCCAAAGUCCAAGCUCUCAACCUUAAAAUAAUGAAGCUUCUAGAAGGAAAUGAAUAUAUUUUCAGAGUUUUACCAGUAAACAAAUUUGGUGUUGGUGAGCCUCUCCAGUCAAGUGCAGUCGUUAUCAAGAAUCCAUUUACACCUCCAGAUGCACCAAAAGGAGUGGAAGUCUCUAAUGUCAAGAAAGAUUCAAUGGUCAUAACCUGGGAGACUUCAACAAAUGAUGGAGGUACUCCUAUCACUGGUUACAUCAUUGAGAAACAUGACAAGGAAGGCAUUAGAUGGACCAGAUGCAACAUGAAAACAGUUACUAAUCUCACAUUUAAAGUUACUGGACUCCUGGAGAACCACCUCUACGAAUUCAGAGUUUCUGCUGAGAAUGCUGCUGGAGUAAGUGAGGCAAGUUCUGCAACUGUUUUCUAUAAAGCCUUGGAUCCUGUAUUCAAGCCAGGUCCACCACAUAAUCCAAAAGUGUUAGACAUGACCAAAUCAUCUGUUUUACUUGCAUGGGGAAAGCCUAUUUAUGAUGGUGGCUGUGAAAUCCAGGGAUAUAUUGUUGAAGCAUGUGAAGCAAAAACAGUCGUAGAGGAGACUUCAGGAGAAGAAGGAAAGGCAGCUGAAGAUGAAUGGACAAUGUGCACUCCACCAACAGGUGUUAAACUGACACGCUUUAAUGUGGAAAAUCUGAAAGAAAAGCAAGAAUAUAAAUUCAGGGUUUGUGCAGUUAAUAAGGUUGGUGUUGGAGAGCAUGCUGAUGCUGCAGGGCCCAUACUGCCAGAGGACAAAACUGAGGAACCAGAUCUUGAUAUUGAUGCUGAGUUUAGAAAGCUUGUACGUAUUAAAGCUGGAAGUUCUCUUAGAAUGUUUAUCCCUUUCAAAGGAAGACCAACACCAAAAAUCAAAUGGGAAAAAGAUGGUGGGCAGGUUAAGGAAACAGCACAGACUGAGACAACCAGUAGUCACACUUCUCUGGUGAUUGAUAAAGUCAGCAGGGCAGACAGUGGUAAAUAUACUGUUAAUGCAGAAAACUCUGCUGGUGCAAAAUCUGAAACAAUUAUUGUGAAAGUCCUUGACACACCAAGCGCUCCUCUCAACUUCAAAGUUACAGAAAUUACAAAAGAAUCUGUUACUCUUUCAUGGGAGCCACCAAUUUUAGAUGGUGGAGCAAAAAUAAAAAAUUACAUUGUUGAAAAACGUGAGAGCACAAGAAAAACAUUUUCUGCUGUUGUCACAAACUGCCACAAACUCUCUUGGAAAGUUGAACCACUUCAGGAAGGCUGCAGUUACUAUUUCAGAGUGCUUGCAGAAAAUGAACAUGGUAUAGGGCUACCUGCUGAUAUCACAGAUCCUUUGAAGGUUUCAGAGGUGCCACAGUGUCCUGGAAAAUUAAGUGUUGUAGAUGUUACUAAAACAAGUGUGUCUCUUUCUUGGGAAAAACCUAUUCAUGAUGGUGGCAGUAGAAUUCUUCAAUACCUUGUUGAAAUGCAGGUCAAGGGUAAUGAUAAAUGGUCUGGAUGUUCCAAUGUAAAAACACUGGAAGCUGUAAUCAGUAAUUUGAACCCUGGAGAAGAGUACAUUUUCCGAGUAAUUGCCAUUAAUGAAAAAGGAAAAAGUGACCCAAGAACACUUGCUGUCCCUGUCCAAGCCAAGGACCUCGUCUUUGGGCCUGAUGUAAGACCUGCAUUUAGCAACUACAGUGUUCUUGUUGGAAAGGACCUUCAAGUUGAAAUCCCAGUUUCUGGUCGUCCAAAGCCAAAGGUUACAUGGACAAAGGAUGGUGCAGCCCUCAAAUUCACAACAAGGGUUAACAUUUCUAAUACUGCAUACAGCACUGUCCUUAGCAUCAAAGAAGCAGCAAGAGAAGAUGGUGGCUUGUAUGGAAUAAAUGUGUCCAACGUUGUUGGACAAAAGGAUGCUACCAUUGAAAUCAUCACUCUUGAUAAACCUGGCCCACCAACUGGUCCUGUACGAUUUGAUGAGAUAACUGUUUCAAGUGUUACAUUGUCAUGGGAUCCUCCAAAGUAUACUGGUGGUUGCCCAAUUUCCAAUUAUAUUGUGCAAAAAAGAGAUACAACUUCAACGACUUGGGAGAAUGUUGCAAUUUCAUUAGCAAGAACAACAAUUAAAGUCAUACGACUGAAGACUGGUGCUGAAUAUCAAUUUAGAAUCAUUGCUCAGAACAGGUAUGGCAAGAGCUAUGCUCUGGACUCUUCAAAUGUCGUUGCUCAGUAUCCAUAUAGAGAACCAGGACCACCAGGAACUCCAUUUGUAUCGUGCCUAUCAAAGGACCAUAUGGUUGUUGAGUGGAAUGAGCCAGUUUCAGAUGGAGGCAGCACCAUUAUUGGAUAUCAUCUUGAAAGGAAGGAGAGAAACAGCAUUCUUUGGACAAAGAUAAAUAAGACACUGAUUCAAGAAACAAAAUUCAAAACGAGUCCUUUAGAGGAAAGUGUUGAAUAUGAGUUCAGAGUAUAUGCUGAAAAUAUUGUUGGCAUUGGCAGAUGCAGCAAAAUCUCAGAGGGCUUUGUUGCUCGUGAUCCAUGUGAUCCUACUGGAACCCCAGAAGCCGUUCAUGUGACUAAAAAUUCAAUAACUAUCCAAUGGACAAAGCCAGAGUAUGAUGGUGGAAGUGUUAUCACUGGUUAUACUGUUGAGAAACGUGAUCUUCCUGAAGGACGCUGGAUGAAAGCAAGUUUCACAAAUGUUAUUGAAACAAAUUUUACAGUCACUGGGCUCACAGAAGGUGCCAAGUACGACUUUAGGGUAAUUGCAAAGAAUGCAGUUGGCACUAUCAGUAAACCAUCAUACAACAGUGGACCUAUUGCUGCAUUGGAUGAGGUAGAGCCACCAAAGUUCUCUAUUGACCCAGAGUACACCCAGACUGUAAUUGUGAAUGCAGGUCAUACAUUCAAACUUGAUGCAGACGUUCAUGGUAAGCCACUUCCUUCAAUUCAGUGGUUUAAGAAUGACAAGGAGCUUGAAAACACAAUUAGAUGUGACAUCAAGAACACUGACAACAGAGCUUUGAUUAUAGUGAAAGAUGCAGUAAGACAAGAUGGUGGAAAUUAUACUCUUCAGCUCACUAAUGUUGCCGGAUCUCAGACCGUUCAAUUCCAUGUGAAAGUACUUGAUAAACCAGGUCCACCAGAAGGGCCUCUUCAUGUCACAGGUGUGUCCAGUGAUAAAUGCACACUGAUAUGGCGUGCUCCACUAGAUGAUGGAGGAAACACUAUCACUCAUUACAUUAUUGAGAGACGUGAGACAAGUCGACUUGCUUGGACUGUAGUCUGUAAUGAUUGCAAAACUACAACAUACAAGGUGUCAAAGCUCCUGGAAGGUAAUGAAUAUAUAUUCCGUGUCAUGGCUGCAAACAGUUAUGGUGUUGGUGAGCCAAUUGAAGCACCAUCUGUAAUAAUGAAAGAUCCAUUUAGUCACCCUGGAUCACCACAAAUUAUCGAGGUAACAAAUAUCGCAAAGGACUCUAUGACUAUUUGCUGGAGUGCACCAGAUACAGAUGGUGGAAGUGAAAUUCUUGGCUAUAUCAUUGAGAAGAGAGACAGGUCUGGAAUAAGAUGGACAAGGUGCAACAGACAAAAAGUAACUGAUGUAUGUUUCAGAGUUCAUGGCCUAAUUGAGGACCAUGAGUAUGAAUUUAGAGUGUCAGCUGAAAAUGCAGCUGGAAUUGGAGAACCAAGCUUGCCAACUUCAUACUACAAGGCUUGUGAUCCCAAAUACAAACCUGGCUCACCUAUGCAUGCACACGUUGUUGAUACCACCAAGACUUCAAUUACAGUAGCAUGGGGAAAACCCCUUAAUGAUGGAGGAUGUGCAAUUCAAGGAUAUAUUGUAGAGAUCUGUAAAGCUGAAGAGGAAGAAUGGACUAUGUGCACUCCCCCUACGGGCUUACGCGUCAACAAAUUUGAAAUCACAAAGCUAACAGAACAACAAGAAUAUAAGGUUCAAAUAUGUGCCAUCAAUAAAUUAGGUGUUGGAGAACCUGCAGUUAUUCCAGGGACUGCCAAGCCUGAGGACAAGCUGGAGACUCCCGAAAUUCACCUUGAUUCAGAGCUAAGGAAAGGCAUUGUUAUUCGUGCAGGAGGAUCAGUAAGAAUCAAUGUACCAUUCAAAGGUAGACCAAUACCAGAUAUAAAAUGGUCUAAAGAUGAAGGUGAACUUUCAGAAAAGACAAUACUUGAAAAGGGUGUUAACUUCACCCAGCUUUCAAUUGACUCCUGUGAUAGAAGGGACUCUGGAAAAUACACUGUGACUCUACAGAACAGCAGUGGCUCUGUAUCUGAAUUUGUGGCUGUUAAAGUGUUAGAUACACCUGGAGCACCACUAAACCUUGUAGUUAAGGAUAUCAAGAAUGACUCAGUUACACUUGUUUGGGAACCUCCACUUAUUGAUGGAGGUGCAAAGAUCAAGAAUUAUAUUGUUGACAAGCGUGAAUCCACAAGAAAAGCCUAUGCAAAUAUAACAACCAAGUGCAGCAAAACAACUUAUAAGGUGGAAAAUCUUGCAGAGGGGGCCAUGUAUUAUUUCAGAGUUAUGGCUGAAAAUGAAUAUGGUGUUGGAUUGCCAGUUGAAACAAAAACUGCUUCAAAGGCAUCUGAAGUACCUCAGCCAGUUGGAAAGGUGAUGCUGACUGAUGUGACAAAAGUAAGUGCAUCUCUGGUCUGGGAAAAGCCAGAGUAUGAUGGAGGUAGUAGGAUUGCGGGCUACUUGAUUGAAAUGCAGCCGAAAGGAACUGACAAAUGGGGUGUAGCAACUAAUGUAAAAACAUGUGAAGGAACAGUCACUGGAUUGACUGGCGGUCAAGAAUAUUUGUUCCGUGUUUUGGCAUAUAAUGAGAAAGGUAAAAGUGAGCCAAAGCCCCUUGCUGCUCCAGUUAUUGCCAACGACCUCACAAUUGAACCAAGCCUAAAGUUGCAAUUCAACACAUACAGUGUCAAAUCUGGAAAGGAUUUCAAACUUGAAAUACCUAUUUUUGGACGUCCAAAACCAAAGAUCGCUUGGUCAAAGGAUGGACAGUCACUUAAAGUAACAUCCAGAGUUACUACUUCCUUAACACCAACAUCCACAAUCCUGCAGAUUACUGAAGCCUGUAAAGAUGACCUUGGGAAGUAUUCAGUUACGGCAACAAACAGUGUUUGUGCAGUUACAGAAGAUAUCAGUAUCAUAAUCCUGGAUAAGCCUGGUCCACCCACAGGUCCAAUAAAAGUGAAUGAAGUAAGCAACAAUUCUGUUUCUAUCUCAUGGGAACCUCCGGAGUAUACAGGAGGCUGCCAAGUAAAGCAUUAUAUUGUUGAAAAGCGAGACACCACUGAAACUACUUGGCAAGUUGUUGCGGGAUCAGUUGCCAGGACAUCCCUCAAAAUUACCAAGCUGAAAACAGGUGCCGAGUAUCAGUUUAGAGUAAUUGCUGAGAACAGAUAUGGUAAGGGUGCUCCUUUGGAUUCAAAAUCCAUUGUUGUACAGUAUCCUUACAAACCACCUGGGCCACCUGGUACUCCAUAUGUGAAAUCUGCCACAAAGGAUCAAAUGAUAAUUGAGUGGAAUGAACCAGUAAGUGAUGGUGGUAGUUCAGUGAUUGGGUAUCAUCUUGAAAGUAAAGAAAGAACAAGUAUUCUAUGGACAAAAUUAAAUAAAACACUUAUCACUGAUACGGUUUUCAAAAUAUGCAAUCUUGAAGAAGGCAUUGGAUAUGAAUUCAGGGUAUAUGCUGAAAACAUUGUUGGUACUGGCAGAGCAAGCAAAGUUUCAGAGAGCUUUGUUGCCCGUGACCCAUGUGAUCCUCCUGGAACACCUGAGGCUGUUGCAAUAUCAAAGGACUACAUUAAGAUUCAGUGGACAAAGCCUCAGUAUGAUGGUGGCAGCAAAGUGACUGGAUAUAUUGUUGAGAGAAGAGAUUUGCCUGAAGGCCGAUGGAUGAGGGCAAAUUUUACCAAUGUAAUAGAGACUGAAUUCACAAACACAGGCUUAACGGUAAGCAAUCAAUAUGAAUUUAGAGUAAUUGCAAGAAACGCAGUAGGUGUAUUCAGUGAGCCUUCAGACAGCACUGGACCAAUUACUGCUACAGAUGAAAUUGAACCUCCUAGUGUUUCAAUGGAUCCUAAGUACAAGGAUGCCAUUGUUGUCAAUGCUGGAGACAACAUAGUUUUGGAUGCAGAUAUACAUGGUAAACCAACACCUGAUAUUCAGUGGCUAAAAGAAGGAAAGGAAAUGGAUAAGACAUUGCAUAUUGAAGAAAGAAGCACACAAAAAUAUGCUUCUAUUACAAUAAAAGAUUGUACAAGAUUGGAUGGUGGACACUAUGACCUUGUAUUACGUAACAGUGGUGGAACAAAAACAAUUCCAAUAACAGUAAAAGUUCUUGACAGACCAGGUCCACCGACUGGACCACUACGAGUGACUGGCGUCAUGUCUGACAAAUGUCAUUUGUCCUGGUCUGAGCCCUUGCAGAAUGGUGGAGCUAAUAUUUCUCAUUAUAUCCUUGAGAAAAGGGAAACUAGCAGACUAUCAUGGACUGUUGUUGAUUCUAACAUUCCUAGUGUAAAUUAUAAAGUGACCAAGCUCCUGCCAGGUGAUGAGUAUAUCUUUAAAGUUAUGGCUGUCAACAAAUAUGGAAUUGGUGAACCACUAGAAUCGGAGGCAAUUAUUGCACGCAAUCCAUACAAGCCACCAAGUGCGCCCUCAACACCAGAAGCAAGUGAGAUAACAAAGGAUUCAAUAACUCUAUCAUGGAAUGCCCCCGAGAGUGAUGGUGGAGCAGAAAUUAAAUGUUAUCAUCUAGAGAAGCGUGACAAAGAUGGUGUGAGGUGGACAAAAUGCAACCGACAGAAGCUGACUGAUAUGCAUUUCAAAGUAACUGGUCUGUCUGAGGGACAUUUCUAUGAAUUCCGUGUGUCUGCUGAAAAUGAAGCUGGCGUGGGAGAAUUUAGUGACCUGUCUCUGUUUUAUAGAGCUAUAAAUGCCACCACUCCCCCAGGUCCACCUCAUCAUCCUAAAGUAACAGAUCACACAAACUCAUCUGUAUCUCUAUCUUGGGGAAAACCCGCUACUGAUGGUGGUGCAUAUAUCAAAGGUUAUAUUGUUGAGAUGAAAGAGGUUUCUUCAGAGGAAUGGAUCAUAUGCACACCUCCAGCUGGAAUUCAAGCAACACACCUCACAGUUGAAAACUUGAAGGAAAAUGCUGAAUAUAACUUCCGUGUUUGUGCAGUUAAUUCUGAAGGAGUUGGAGAGCCUGCUGAUGUUCAUGGAUCAGUAGCUGCAUCUGAAAAGAUUGAAGCACCUGAGAUUGAACUUGAUGCUGACCUCAGGAAAGUUGUUUCUGCUGUGCAGGGGAUCCUUCGUCUUUUCAUUACAAUUAGAGGUCGACCAGAGCCAUCUGUAAAAUGGGAAAAGGAGGAUGGGACUCUAACUGAGCGUGCUCAGAUUGAGUCUACCAGUUCAUAUACCAUGCUUGUAAUUGACAAUGUCAACAGAUUUGACAGUGGAAAAUAUAACUUAACACUUGAGAACAAGAGCGGCACAAAAUCUGCAUUUGUGAAUGUCAGGGUGCUUGAUACACCAAGUUCUCCACAAAAGUUUGAAGUGAAAGAUGUAAAGAAAGAUUCAGUAACUGUCUGCUGGGACCCACCACUUACAGAUGGUGGGGCGAAAAUAACAAACUAUGUGGUUGAGAAGCGAGAAUCUACAAGAAAAGCUUAUACAACUGUCACAAGCAACUGCACACAGACUUCCUUUAAAAUUGAUGAACUGCAGGAAGGAGGCAUUUUCUACUUCCGUGUAUGUGCUGUUAAUGAGUAUGGCUUUGGUGUGAUGGCAGAAACAAAGAGUCCUAUUAAAGUUGCACAGGUACCUAUGCCUCCAGGAAAAGUAACUCUUGUGGAUGUGACAAAGAAUAGUGUGACACUUACUUGGGUUAAGCCUGUCCAUGAUGGAGGGAGCAAAAUCAUCUGCUACAAUGUAGAGAUGCAACCCAAGAGUAGUGACAAAUGGGGUGUAAGCUGCACAGCUAAGGUUCCAGAGGCUACUGUGAGCAACCUCACUCCUGGUGAAACAUAUUCUUUCAGGGUUAUUGCAUUGAAUGAGAAGGGCAAGAGUGAGCCCCAAGAACUUGGUGUACCUGUGGUAGCUAAAGAUAUUGAGAUUGAACCCUCUGUUCAUCUGCUGUUCAAUACAUACAGUGUUAAGGCUGGAAAUGAUCUCACUGUGGAAGUUCCUGUGAGAGGCAGGCCUAAGCCAGUCGUCUCUUGGAAGAAGGAUGGCCUUCCUUUGAGACAAACAACCUCUCUUUCAAUUGUCAAUACGAUGGUGUCAAGCAAAAUCAUCAUCAAAGAAGCUGCUAUUGAGCAUGUUGGUAAAUAUGAAAUUACUCUUGCUAAUACAGCAGGCACCAAGUCUACGUAUAUUGGCAUUGUUGUUCUUGAUAAACCCGGGCCACCAGCUUCUGUGAAGGUUGAUGCUGUGACUUCUAGCAGUAUUACACUGUCAUGGGCCCCUCCAGAAUAUGAUGGUGGAUGCUCAAUCAACAAUUACAUCGUUGAGAAGAGAGAUACUAACACAACAGAGUGGCAGAUUGUUUCAACAAAUGUUGCCAGAACCUCAGUCAAAGUACCUCGGUUGACACAGGGUUCUGAGUACCAGUUCCGCAUCUAUGCAGUGAAUCGCUAUGGAAAGGGUAAACAAAUUGACUCUCCGGGAAUUACUGCAGAGUACACAUUUAAACAGCCUGGGCCACCUUCUACGCCCCGUGUUGCUCAUGCCACCAAGGUCUUUAUGCUUGUCACAUGGAAUGAGCCUGUUAAUGAUGGUGGUAGCACAGUUCUUGGCUAUCACUUAGAACGCAAGGAGAGAAGCAGUAUUCUUUGGACAAAGGUGAACAGGACAAUAAUCAAGGAUAGUGAAUUCAAAGUAACUGGCAUUGAGGAAGGUAUGAUGUAUGAAUUCCGUGUUUAUGCUGAAAAUAUUGCUGGAAUUGGCAAAGCAAGCAAAGCCAGUGAGCCCAUAGCUGCACGUGAUCCCUGUGAUCCUCCUGGUCAGCCUGUGGUGACUAGCAUUACCAAAUCCUCUGUAUCUCUUUCUUGGACCAAACCGGAGUAUGAUGGUGGAGCCAAAGUUACUGGUUACAUAAUUGAACGUAGAGAUCUCCCAGAGGGUCGCUGGAUAAGAUGCAAUUUUACUAAUGUUGUAGAGACUUAUUUUGAUGUUACUGGCCUAACAUUAGAUGAGAAGUAUGAUUUCCGUGUCAUUGCAAAGAAUGCUGCUGGACUAUUCAGCGAGCCAUCUGACAACACUGGUCCUAUUACUGUUAAAGAUGAUGUAGAUCCACCACGCAUCAUGAUGGAUGUCAAGUUUAAGGAUGUUGUGGUAGUAAAAGCUGGGGAAUCCCUAAAGAUUAAUGCUGACAUUGCAGGGCGCCCUCUUCCAGUUGCAUCUUGGUCAAAGGAUGGACAUGAAAUUGAACAGAAGGCAAGAAUUCAGAUAACUGGAACAGAUACUAGUACUACAAUAGUAGUUAAAGACUGCAAAAGGAGUGAUUCUGGACAAUAUGCUUUGACUUUAAAGAAUGUUGCAGGAAGUGUCACAACACCAGUAAACUGUGUUAUUCUAGAUAAACCAGGACCUUCAGCAGGACCACUAUCAGUAACAGGCCUCACAGCAGAGGAGUGCACAUUGUCAUGGGGACCACCACAAGAAAUUGGUGGCUCUGAAAUAACACAUUAUGUUGUUCAAAAACGAGAGACCAGUCGAUUGGCAUGGACGCUUGUACAUGGAGAAGUCAAAAGAACAAUAUUCAAGGUCACUAAGCUCCUAAAAGGAAAUGAGUACAUAUUUAGAGUAUUAGCUGUCAACAAGUUUGGACUUGGUGAAGCCCUUGAAAGUGAAAUGGUCAAGGUCACUGAACCCUACACUAUUCCAGGAGCUCCAACAAAUGUUGAAAUUACAAGUGUGACCAGUGAGGAAAUGAGCCUAACUUGGGCAAAGCCUGCAUCUGAUGGAGGCAGCGAGAUCCUUGGAUAUAUAAUUGAAAGGCGAGAGAAAUCUGGUCUUCACUGGGUUCGCAUGAACAGGGAACUUGUGAAAGAACUAACAGCUGUGAUAUCAAAAAUAAGAAGAGGAUGUGAGUAUGAGUUUAGAGUUUAUGCUGAAAAUGCAGCAGGAUUGAGUCCAGCCAGUGACCCAUCUCUUUCAGCAAGGGCAGAGGAUGAACUUUUGGUACCGUCCCCACCAACUAAACCUAAAAUUCUAGACCAUACCAAGAAUUCUAUUACUAUUGCUUGGAAAAAGCCAUCAUCUGAUGGUGGUGCACAGAUCCUUGGGUACAGUGUAGAAUAUAAGAAAUCUGAGGAUGAGGAAUGGAUUGUGGCUAUUCAGAACAAAAGCAAUGAAUUCACAUUUUCUGGUCUUACAACUGAUGUAGAGUGUUUUGCUGUAAAAGCGAUCAACAAAGUUGGUGUCAGUGAACAGUCACCUGUGUCUGAGCUACAGUCAGCAACGGAGAGAAAGGAGGAACCUGUAUUUGACAUUGACAUGGAGAUGCGAAAAACUUUAAUUGUCAAGCAUGGUAAUUCAUUUACUUUAACAGCUCCAUUUAAAGGAAAGCCUGUGCCUUCAGUUAUAUGGAAUAAAGAGGAGGUCGAUCUCAAAGCUAGGGCAAGCAUAGAAACAACAGAAACGUGCACAUCUAUUACUAUUGAGAAAGCAACAAGAAACGAUUCUGGACAAUACAUUGUUACUUUGGACAAUGGUGUUGGAACAGCAUCUUUGCCAAUGAUAGUCAAAGUUCUUGAUACCCCUGGACCACCAACUAAUGUGAAAAUUACAGAAGUCACAAAAGAUUCUGCUACAGUUACUUGGGAACCUCCAGAGAACGAUGGAGGAGAUGCUGUGAAGGCGUAUCAUGUUGAGAAACGUGAAGCGAGCAAAAAGGCCUGGGUAUGUGUAACAAGCAACUGUCACAGUUUGACGUACAAGGUUGAAGACUUGCAAGAAGGUGCAAUCUACUACUUUAGAGUCACUGGAGAAAAUGAGUUUGGAACAGGGGUACCUGCUGAAACUAAAGAUGGAACCAAGAUUACAGAAAAACCAAGUCCACCUGCUAGACUUGGUGUUACUGCAGUAACAAAGAAUAGCAUCACCAUUGCAUGGUCAAAACCAGAGUAUGAUGGUGGAAGCCGAAUUACCAGCUAUCUCAUUGAUGCCAUUGAAAAGGGCCAACAGAAGUGGGUUAAAUGUGCCACUGUUAAAACCAACACCCACAUUAUUAAGAACCUGAGGGAAAAUGCAGAAUACUUUUUCAGAGUUCGAGCUGAGAAUCAUGCUGGACUUAGUGAACCAAAAGAAAUGAUUAUUCCUGUGGUUGUGAAAGAUCAACUGGAUGCUCCUGAGUUUGAUAUGAAGAAUUUCCCACACAACACUGUUUAUGUGAGAGCAGGAUCAAAUCUUAAAUUUGAGCUUCCUCUCUCUGGUAAACCAAUGCCAAAUGUCACAAUGUCAAGAGGCAAUGCUCCAGUUAAGUGUGGCAAGAGAUUCAGUUUUGAAGUAACCCCUGACAGUCUUAAUAUCAACCUCAAGGAAAGUAUUGCAAGUGAUGCUGGAAGAUAUGACAUUGUUGCUUCAAACACAAGUGGAACGACCAAGAUGUUUGUAAACAUACUGGUUCUGGAUAGACCAGGUCCUCCAGUUGGUCCUGUUGAAGUUGCUGAUGUGAGAGAGACAAGCUUGUGUCUCAAAUGGCUGCCACCUGUGUAUGAAGGUGGCAGUCCUGUUACAAACUAUGUUGUUCUCAAACGUGAAACAAGUACUCCAGCCUGGACAGAAGUGUCUUCCAAUAUUGCACGCAGCACUGUUAAAGUAACCAAACUUACAAAGGGAGAAGAAUACCAGUUCAGGGUUAAAGCUGAGAAUCGCUUUGGCAUCAGUGAUCACAUUGAUUCUCAGUCGGUUACAGUGAAGCUUCCAUACACUAUCCCUGGACCACCAUCAACACCAUGGCUGGGUUAUGUGUCAAGGGAGAGCCUCACUGUUUGCUGGAAUGAGCCAGUAACAGAUGGAGGAAACCCAGUGGUUGGAUAUCAUGUCCAAAUGAAAGAAAGAAGCAGCAUUCUUUGGCAGACAGUGAACAAAACAGCAAUUCCUGCAACUCAAAUUAGAGUGACAAAUAUAUGUCCUGGAAUGAUUUAUGAAUUCAAGGUAGCUGCAGAAAAUGCAGCUGGUAGAAAGUUUAGCAAGACAUCAGAAGAAGUGCUAGCAAUUGAUGCCUGUGAUCCACCGGCAAAUGUUAGAAUUUCUGAGGUCACAAAAAAUUCAAUUAGCCUUGUGUGGCAGAAGCCUCCAUUUGAUGGUGGAAGCAAAAUCACUGGCUACAUGGUUGAGCGAAGAGAUGCUCCAAAUGGCAGAUGGACAAAGGCAAACUUUACCAAUGUCAUUGAAACUAACUUCACUGUGUCAGGCUUGACUCAGGACCAGGCAUAUGAAUUCAGGAUUUUUGCCAGGAAUUCAGUUGGCUCGGUCAGCAAUCCAUCUUUAAUUGCAGGGCCAGUAACCUGUGUUGACAUUUCAGGUGCACCUGUAAUUGACCUACCCCCAGAGUAUUUGGAUGUUGUACAAUACAAAGCUGGUACAUCAUUCAAAAUCAAAGUGGGGAUAUUUGCUAAACCCUUGCCAACUAUUGAAUGGCUUAAAGAUGAAAAGGAGUUAACGUCAAGUGCACAGCUGUCAAUUGAGAACACAACUGACUCGUCUGCCAUCCUCGUUAAGGAUGUUACUCGUCUUAAUACUGGAACCUAUGAGCUCAAAAUCAAGAAUGUAUUUGGCACCGCGUCUGCUUCUGUCAGAAUACAGAUUUUAGACAAACCUGGACCUCCAGCUGGACACAUUGAAUACAAAUCAGUCUCUGCUGACAAAAUAACAAUUGCAUGGGAACCAGUGGCUGAUGAAGGAGGCUCCAAAGUUACUCAUUACAUUGUAGAAAAACGAGAGACAAGUAGAGUAGUGUGGUCCCCAGUUUCAGAAUCAAUGGAAGCACGUACUGUCACUGUCCAAAAAUUGGCCAGAGGAAAUGAAUAUGUAUUCCGUGUCAGAGGUGUUAACAAAUUUGGAGCUGGAGAUCCUCUGGAGUCUGAGCCUAUAAUUGCCAAAACGCAUUUGUUACUCCUGGACAACCUUCUACACCUGAAGCAACAGAUAUCACCAAAACAUCAAUGCAGAUUGUUUGGAAUAAACCUGGUGUGGAUGGUGGUAGCAUGGUUACAGGAUACUAUCUGGAGAGACGUGACAAGAGGAGCCUGCGCUGGGUAAAAAAUAUACAAAGAUCCCAUUAGUGACACCAAAGCAAAGGUCCAUCACCUCACAGAAGGAAAUGAAUAUCAGUAUCGUGUGUGUGCAAUCAAUAAAGCUGGGGAAGGUCCAUACUCAGACGUUUCUGACCUCUACAAAGCUGC